AUGGCCGGUUCAAGGGACUCUGCGUGGGAGAGUCCGCUCUGUACGGAGGCCGACAGACAUAAGGAAAGGUGAGGUUUGAAUCCCAGUAAAUGUACUCAGUUGGGCAUAGCCGGUCUACACAUUAAGGGGCAGCAAGCCUGGGGUUGGGUAUAGCUGGCUGACGACGGCAAAUAAGCCGGAAAUGGUCAAUCUGGUCUACCUCAUUUUUUUGUCUGUAACCUCGUUCUGCAUAUAGUGCUAGUUGCACUGUCAGUUUAGAGGCAGGACCACCUUUCUCAAAUGGCCACGAACACCCUCGAUACUGGGCACACUUUCAAAGAUAUCAAAAAUUGCAUAGUCGGAACUUGGCCCUCCAAGAAGACCGAAAUUUCCUUGAAGCCGUGCACUCCAGUGAGUCGUGCAUCAAUGAACAAACUGAGCUAGAUGUCAUGUACAACAGUCACAGGCAAAAGAAAAAGAGAAGAGAGCCAAUCAAUACAGAAUGACGCACACGGUAGCCGAUUGCGGGUACAAAGACCAAAUGAAUAUUGAUUUUUCAGCACGUUGGGUGUGUUACAGUGCGUGACCGAUCUCAUGAAAUGCUGGCAAAAUUCUGAAAUUCGUUUUUGAUUAAUAAGGAUUACUUAGGUGGGGUUGUAAUACUGAUUAGCUUGCGGCAUAAUCCUUUAGCAUUUUGGACUCGCCAAGAUGUCAGCUUUUGGAUGCGCUCCAUCUCGCCCUCCUUCAGAAACCGCACUCAGUGAAAAAAUGACUUCUUACGUAGCAUGCAUUUUUCCUACGUAGUUUCGAGGAUCUAAUAGAGUUAAAUAUAUUUUAUAGAAAACGUGCACAAAAGUAAGCUUAAUUCUACUCAUUUGGUAGAUAAUAACAUUACCUUUGCAUUUUAUGCACGAAAAAAGUGUGUAGUUAUUUCGAAAACAAAGUUCAGAAUUUCGGCAGACAUUUCACUAGGUAGGUUACUCUCUGUAAUUGUUUUUUGCAUAUUUACUUAAGUCGACGACCUGGGAAACCAGCAUCGAACAUUUGCUUAGAAAAAUUUUCCACGUUUCCCAAAGCACGUGUUUGCCAUUAAAACAUAUAUGUCCCACUCUUAAGACGAGCCACGUGGUAGAAGUUCUGAGCCAACGUAGGGGUUGGAUCGGGAUCCAGCAGACAUUAUUGAGAAUGCGCACCACCUAGAACAAAUAACAAUAUCGCAGGUGUGGUCGCAGGCCCAAAUACAGGCUUAGGCCGCGGAAAAUGGGAUCCCAAUCACCCCCUCCUUUGUUCUGGUUGUGCAACAUACUGCUCAGUGUAGGUUGUGAACGGGAAAUUGUGGUGGUGCGGGUUUUCACAGUGCUAGCCACAUGCGCCCACUCCUCCCUUUGAUGAUGAGAGAGUGUAGUACAGUGCGUGACCGAUCUGAUGAAAUGUUGGCUAAAAUUCUGAAAUGCGUUUUCGAUUAGGAGGGACUACUUAAACGCAGUUGUAAUAUUGACUAUUUUGCAUCAUAAUCCUAUAAUAUUUUAGAAUUGGAAGGAUGUCUGAUUUCGAAUACACUGCUUUUUAACCUCCUAAAGAAAGUGCACUUGGCAAGAAAAUUGCUACUUUCCGUAGAUGUGCUAACUCAUUAAAUAUCAACCAAAAUUUCGAAAUGCGUUCUCGUUUCGAAAAGAUAAAUUAAGUAGUGUUGCAAAACUGCUCACGAUGCAGCAUAAAUCUGUAAUGAUCAAGUCACCUUAGGGUGUCUGCUUUCGAAGGAACUUAUGUUCAGCUGCAUACAAAAUCUGCAAAAAAUGACUGCUUAAGUAGUAUGCAAUUUUCUAAUUGAAUUUCGAUGCCCUUAAAAAUUCAAUUAAAUUUCAUGGAAAGCAGGCAUAAAAAUAUUCAUUCUUUUACUUAUUCGGCAGAAAAUUACGUCUACUUCCAAUUUCAUACUCAAAAUAAAAGUUUAAUUUAGUUUUUAAAAAACUUUUCUAAAUCCCGGCUAAUUUUGAACCUGACCUGCUGUUACACUUGCAUUCAGGGUUUCAAAACUAAAAUCUGCAUAUUUUCCGUGUACGGAAAACCAUGCAUUCCUCUAAGGCACUAAGAGGAGACCAUAUGAGGUUCAUACAAUUAAGCAGUUGAUUUCAGCAAUAUUGUUAACUUUACAAGCCAUAUUCAUAAAUGCAGAUACAUGGCGUUUCAUGAACGGCCAUUUGACGGAAUUAACAAAUCUCACAAUUAGAAACUUUUUAAAACCGAAUUAUACUUUUCUUUUGAGUAAAAAAUUGGAAGAAGGCGUGAUUUUCUACCGAAUAAGUAAAAGAAUGAAUAUUUUAUGCCUGAUUUCCAUGUAAACUUAUUGAAUUUUCAAGGGUAUCGAAAAUCAAUGAGAAAAAUGCACGCUACUUUAGUAGUUAUUUGUGCAAAGCAUAGAUCCUGCAUGCAGCCGAAAAUAAGUUCUUUCAAAAACCGACACCCUGAGGUAACUGGAUCAUUAUAAAUUUAUGCUGCAUCAUGAUUAGUUUUACAACACUGCUUAGUGUAUCUUUUCGAAACGAGAAUGCAUUUUAAAAUUUUGGCUGACAUUUUCUAAGUUAGCGCAUCUACUGUAAGUAGCAUGCAUUUUUCACACUGUUUUUCGAUGGUCUCGCAAAUUAAAACUUAUUUUAUAGAAUGCACGAUCAUAAAUAUGCAUUCUUGCAGUCGCCUAAAAAUGAUAUCUAGUCAUGAGAUUUUUAAGACCGUGUAAUGUCCAUUCAUACAGCAUCGUACCUCUCCGUUUACCACUGCACAUCAUGAAAUUUACCAAAUGGUCCGCAUCUCUUACAAAAUUUUGUGUACUUUGUAUUGUAUCUUUUGAAAGACUAGAGAAAUAUGUAAUUUUCUUUACGCGGAACGCAUGCACCUUGCAAACCAAAAUCACUAAGCGCCAAUGCGAUGGCUGAUAAGGCUUCAAAGUAUUCGGGAAUUAGAAAACAUUUCGAAAACCGCAGUGCGAAAUAAUAUAGGAUUAUGCCAUAGGAUAAUUAGUAUUACAACCGCGCCCUAGUUAUCCUUCCUAAUCGAAAACGCAAUUCACAAUUUCGGCCAACAUUUCAUGAGAUCGGUCAUUCACUGUAGAUUCUGCUGUGCAGCAGCAGCAGAGCAGACAUCGCCGGAAGCGACUGUCCGACUGUCGUUUACAGGGUUACAGGCAGAGCCUUUGGCGACCCUAUUAAUGUAAAUUUAUUUCACAUAUUUCUGUUUAGCAUGAAAUUGCAUGCAUUUAGAAUACGUUGCAUUCGCUACAUUUUAAAAAUUUUUUAUUAUGUUUAAGAUCAUUCAGUAAGGAGAAAGUGCAGAACUCUAGAUGCUUUGAAAACCUACACUAGGUGGGCUAACUCAAGAAAUGUCAACCGAAAUUCCGAAAUGCAUUUUUGUUUCCAAAAGGUUUAUUCAGUAACGUUGCAAAACUAGUUAGCCCGUGAUAUAAUUCUACAAUAUUUCAUUUACCUCAGUAUUCCGGCUUUCGAAUCAACUUCCUUCCGGUUGCAUUCCGAAACUCCUAACUGUAAAAAUGACUACAAACGUAGCGUGAAUUUUUCUCAGUGAUGCCCGAUGACCCUAAAAGUGCAAUUAUAUUUCAUGGAAAACAUGCAUCAAAAUAUUCAUUUUUGCUCAUUCGGUAGAAAUAUACGUCUUUUUCUAAGGUGAUACUUGGCAGAGGAAUAUAAUUCGGAUUUUAAAAAGUUUCAAAUUGAGUAACUUUUGAUACUCUAAUAUGGCUGUUCAUAAAUCCUGUGUUUCUGCAUUCACCAAUGUGGCUUGUAAAGUUAACAAUUUUUAUCAAACCCACUGCAAAAUUUUAUGAACCCUAUAUGGUAUCCCUUUAUAACCGUGGAGGAACGUGGUUUUCUGUACGCGGAAAAUAUACGGCCGGUAGUUUUGUAACCCUGAAUCCAAGUCUGACGACGAAGUGGUUUGAAAAUUAUUUGGGAAUUGAAAAAGUUUCUAAAAACCGAAUAAUACACUUCUUUGAAUUUUCUAUGGAACGAGCAAAAGAAUGAAUAUUUUAAUGCCUGUUUUAGGGGUAUCCAAAACCAAUGAGAAAAAUUCAGGUUUCUUUAGUAGUCGUGUUUUACAGAGUUAUGUGUUUGCAUGCAGCCGAAAGGAAAUUCACUUGAAAGCCGGCAUCCUGAGGUAACUGAAAAAUUAUAGAAUUAUGUUGCCGUCUGACUAGUUUUACAACCCUUCCUAAUAGAUUUUUUUUCAAAACGAAAGCACAUUUCAAAAAUUUCGGUGGACAUUCCAUGAGUUAGUCCACCAACCGUAACUGUUAACCGUUAUUUCGCUGAAGACUACUCGUGUCAAUGAUCAUGCGAUCUAGCCCUUCUCUAAGCACGAAAAUGUUUCCGACCGUCAAAGUCUCACUUGUUACCGAGCUCUACAUUCAGACUUUUCGUUAGCUGAAGAAAGUUAGGCAAUGAAAUGGUGUAGGAUCCACAAGCAGAUGGUAGCUCUAGAAAUCUGGGUGACUGUAAGCAUCACUUAUUGUUCAUCUUUCCGAUUUUUUGAAAUUUUCUUCUCUUCCUAACUAAAUGUAAACUUAAAAGAAGCGCUUUAUUAAAAGUCUUAUAUUUUUUUAAACUUGCUUUUUGCCUAGUUAUUAAUUAUCGCGCGUACGUUCUCUGCCAAAUGACAGUGCAUGAUAGGACUUUCGGCAGAUAUUUGUCUAUUUUCUGUGUCUUCUUGCCUUCUGUGUGUGUUUUGUCUCACCCGUUAUACCUCCAUUAUCAUCAUUCAAUGUAUAUGGCACGGUCAAUAGGCUAACCCAAGUUAUUUGGGAGUUCUACACCCUACUGUUGCCGAAAAAUAUUCUGGGGUGUAGUAGUCUGCGUUCGCUUCUGACUUUCUUGGAAUGACCGCGUAAUUGUGUAUGCAAACUCACUUUAGUCCUUUAACCUCAAUAGGCAAGCAUGGCGUGGGUAAUUCGACAGGUUUGGAGCGAAUUACUCCUAAACUGCCAGUCAGAUAAGGGAAAUAAUUCAAGCUCCUUCAACCAAUCCCUCUACGUCAGGUUUCUAAAACCGUCGAACUACCUUUGUUGCCUUUCUGAAACCUGCUCGAGGAGGUCAACAUCUUUCCUUAUCCACGUUGUCCAUGCCGGUAUUCCGCAACCCAAAUGAGGUCCUGCGAAGAGACCGAAAAUCGCUCCGAAGAGUUCAUGAGAAAAUAUUGAAAGUGCCUUCUGAAGCGCGUUUUAAUAGUCUUCUGACAGCACCAAAUUCGCGGUCGUCUAGAUAGUCAGACCUCUGAAAGUUUCCAUGUCUAGUUUUGCAGUCCCUUUAGCAGAAUGCUGGUGUUUUGGAGCACUAUUUAUCGUCGACCUUCGUGGGCAGCAAAGUGGACAACGCCAAUCAUAAAAACCGCCUCUUCAGACAAAUACUCCAUUUCUGGGCGCUCGAUAUCCAUUUCAUUGUCUUAACAGCACCGUUACCUACAUCAGCAAACAUGACGGCCGCACCAUUAUCCAUUUACUCUAUGGGCUGUAUGCCCGAAAAGUCGCCGUCUGCGAUAGUCUGUCUGUCGGCCUUGGAGCAAAAUAACGUCCUUCCCCCUAAGUGUCUAGGCGACUGGCUGAAGACUCACGAGGAUGCGAAACAUUUCCGAGAAUGAAAGUUGACAAUUCCUUGUAAAUUAUUUUACAAGCGGGCACUAACCUGUUGUGCGUAUUCUGGUUGAAGAUAAGGAGAUGAGGAGGGCUGGAUAACACUGACUCGAAACGGGUAUCCGCGCCAGUUAUGAUGGCUGGAGGAACUCUACCAUUUAUAGUAAAUGACCGAUUUCAUGAAUUGCUGACUGAAAUACUGAAAUGCUUUUUCGGUUAGGAAGAAGUACUUAGGUGCGGUUGUAAUACUAAUUAUCUUGCGACACAACCCUUUAAUAUUUCAGACUUGGCAGGAUGUCAGCUUUUGAAUACACUGUUUUCUCAUCUUACAUAGGAACCGUACUUGGUAAAAAACGAUUACUUGAUUAGUAUGAUUUUUUCCACUGAUUUUUGAUGAUCUUGCAAAUUCAAAUAUAUGUUACAGAAAACACGGACAAUGAUAUGCUUUCUUUCAGUCGGUUGAUAUAAAAUCACAUGAUCUUUAUAUUUUAUACUCUCUGAAGGCGGUUUAUAAGGUUUUAAAAAGUUUCUUUUUAUGAGAUACUUUAAGACCGCGCAAUGUCCUUUCAUAUAGCAUCAUAACUGUCCAUUAUCCACAGCUCCUGAUGGAAUGUACAACAUAGUCCGCAUCUAUCACAAAAUUUUUAAGGAUUUCAUAUGAUAUCUUUUUAAAGGCUGUGAAGAAUAUGCAAAUUAUUUUAUGUGGAACGCAUGCACCUUGUAGACUGAAAUCACUAAACGCUAGUGAAACUACUGAUAAAGCUCCAAAAUAUUCGGAAAUAAGAAAACUUUUAAAAACCUAGUCAUACGCCUUCUUCGAUUAUGUAAUAUAAAGAUUUUGUGAUUCUAUAUCAACCGACUGAAAGAAAUUAUAUUUUUGUCCGCGGUCUCUUGCAAGAUAAUCGAAAAUCAGUGGAAAAUGCAUUCUAAUCAGGUGAUCGUUAUUACCGAGUACAGUUCCUACGGGAGAUUGAAAAACAGUGUAGUUAAAAGCUGAAAUCCUACCAAGUACAAAAUAUUGAAGGAUUAUGUCGCAAGGUAAUCAGUAUUACAAUCACGCCUAAAGUAUAUGGGAAGAAGACGUAAUUGUACACCGAAUGAGCAAAAUAAUGAAUAUUUUUAUGCAUGAUUUCUAUGAAAUAUCAUGGAAAUUGUAAGGAUAUCGAAGAUCAGUGAGAAAAUGCACGCAUCUUAAGUAUUCAUUUGUUUCAGGGUAUUGUUUUUGCAUUCAGCCGAAAAGAAGUUUGUUCAAAAACCGGUAUCCUAAGAUGACCGAAGUAUUAUAAAAUUUUACUGCACAAUCAUUAGUUUUCCAACUGUACGUAAUUAAUCUUUCCAAUGCAAUAGGGCGUUUCAGAAUUUCGGUUGACAUUUCAUGAGCAAGCCAGCCUACUGUAAUUAGUUCUGCCUCCUUGAAAAUUCACUUUAAAAUUUUAGUCAACAUUUCAUGAGAUCGGUCACUCACUGGAAGCCCUGAGAGUGUACUCAGAACGCUUCAACCAUCAGACAUUAUAGCGUAUUGGAGGAAAAAACAGAAAUCACUAGAAUGAGGGGUUUAUCGCACACAGAACCCUGAGCUGUACUUUGAGGCGGUGAUAGUGACUGGCGUUGAUUGUGUGCCGUCACGCCUUAGAGUCCUGAUGAGACAGUGGAGAAGCUGAGCUGAUGUCCAGUCGGUAAGAGCUGACUUGUCAAGGAUUAAUGUUCAAAUGGCUCGUGUCGCAUUGGUCGAGGUGCCGUUCUGUGGACGCAUGUGCAUCGGAAUCAAGUGGCUGCAAGUCACUACGCAUGGAUAACCUCGAGGCAACGAGAACUUGAACAAGGACACCGGACAUGGCUAUGAGAUGGCUGUCGUCAAAAAGAACAACAAAUAUGGCAAAAGAAUGACUGUGUUUUCCCGCUAUAAGAGUCACCAUCUUCAGUUCCAGCAUGAAAAUGGUCUCACGCCAACUUGCCAACUGGUCAUGGCAGUUUAAAAACAAAAGAAGGCGUUGGAUAGCUUCAAAGCGUCUGGGGACUGAAGGGAGUUGCAGAUCCCGGAAGCGUGCCUGGCGUGGACUUGCUGUGGUGUUUCAAAGUUGAAACUUCGUGGCUCAUCCAUACAUAUAGGAUUGGACGAGCUUCUUGACACCCAUUUCAUUCCUCGCUCGAAUCCCUGACACACAGAAAUGAUACAUAAAGGAGGGCAUAUGGUAAGGACAAUAUGAUGAAGAUGAAAAAACAAAGAUGUCGCAGAACAUCAAAACAAUUCUGAUACGCAGGGCAGUUGACCUCUCCCUUUUGUGCGCCAAAAAAUUGCGAUCACUUCCCUGAUGCUGUUGGAUGGUGGCGACUGGUGGAAUGGACUGGACUCCAGCCGCUUCGUUUUGCAUCCAAUCGGCCUUCUCGAAAUCUGAGGUGGCCUAUGAGAUGUCCUCCAGAAGACGAAUCCCUUAGCACUGUGGCUGUUAGAAUGAGAUGGUAGUGGGAAGGGAAGGAGUUUGGAACUAGUGAAGAUAGCAAUUUCUAUACCCUCGAGAAGGUAUUAGGACGGCUUCGUCGGAGGACAAGUCUGAGCAUUUCUAAAUGGGCAAGUCUUGCCUAAUUUGGUGCCUAGUUAAAGAGAAUCAAUGGUUCUUGGAAUGACACAUUAUAGCACCAACAUGUUAAAGCCCGAAAACUGUCAUCUUCCUCCAAUUAAUGCGAUAGAGCGCUGAAGUUCGCAAGUAGUGAAUAACCACUUCCAGUCGUGCCGUAAUCUCUAAAACUCCUAGGUCUUCCACGACUUCUCGUCACGUGACUUCCUUGGUGAACAUGUCUCCUGUGUCCGUGGCCAUACCGUCCAGUAUAAGUUUGUUAACAUUUGCGGUUUUUCGUCUCCACACCUCCGAAUGCUGAUAAAUAAUUGCUCGGAAAUAUUUUGCCUACAGUGUGUGCAUACGCGCGCCACUCAGAGUCUAGAAAGAACUUUAAAAUUUGGGGAAAUUAAACAAGCUAUUUUUGGAUUCGUUUGAAAAAUAUUUCAGCAAAUUAGGGUGAAUAGUAAAUCCUAGAAAUUUGGUCCUACCAAGCCUGUCCCAUCUAUCAAAUUCGAAGUGGUGGAUUGAGCAAUCUCGUACUUAAAUUAGGAACAAGCAAGAAAGCGAUAGAUUUGUCAAAUUUAAAUUUUAGAGAUGAUCAAACCCUGCCAAUCAUGAGCUGUACUUUAAGAUUUCCAAUUUAUGCAUAAGUACAUAUGAUCAGGCAGCCAUCUGGAGAAUUCCCGAUCUCCUGUCCAGUCGCCAGCGAUCGAUAGCACUUAAAGCUAUGCUAAUCGAGCUAGCCUGAAGGCGGGGACUGCGGAUAGCAGAUCCAAGCCAAGAUUAAAUGUCACCAAUCUCUUGUGAAAUCUAGCAGAUUUAAUGGGUCCCCACCUGACGUGACUUGAAUGAUCACACCAAGUGUGACAAUCCCGGAUGAAGGGGGAAGCCGUGAACGGUCAUAGGUAUGCGGUAGCAUGGCUGCUGCAUCCUAUAAAUACCGCAGCCCCUUGUGCAACAACCACCCGUUUCUGCUCUUUUGCCUCUGAUGAUGGAUUCGAGUAGGAAUCCGAAACGUCAGGCUAAUAAAGCUCUUGUCCCGGCGAUCGUGUCUCCUUCUUCAAGACUACUUCCUGGGACUCGGCUCUUCGCUUCUAGUGACUUGAAGUAUUCCAUUCACUUCCAAAGGACUGUGGCGAAGUGACUCAACGGCCACUUUUCUGUUAUGAUCUUAUGGAACCUAGGAAGCUUAGCUGAAACUCAAUGACGGUCUCCUAGUUUGUCCUGUACAAUACCCUCUCAUAUGCGAGUUCUGAAUUGCCCACGUGAAAGCCUGCUACGCACAGUGUGACUUCGGCUGUACGUGGCAACUGUAGACGGUAUGUUUAGUUUUGACAUCUUCGGUCGCUUUGAAAGUAUCUCUCCACCGGAGCCAGAUGAGUGCGGCACAUGUUUCGCAAUCAUACCCAUUGUAAAAGAUUUUACAAACAAUCCACCAUCCAUUUGCUCACCCAGUCGGGCCCCUAGAGGACGUCGCAGCUUACUGCAGUUGAACUGUCGUAGUAUACUAGGCAGGUGAGCUAUCCAAAAAUGCAAAAUGCUCGAGGCCUUCGGUCGACGCCCGUUUGAUCGUAUGGUUGAAGUGCCGGCUGUUCUCAAGCCACGAAGACAAGUUUUUUUUAUUAAUGAGGACGUUUCAAUAUACAGUAGUUGGGCUAACUCAUGAAAUGUCAAGCACAAUUCCGAAAUGGGUUUCCGUUUCGAAAAGAUUAAUUAAGUAGGGUCGUAAAACUAAUCCAUCCGCAGUAUAAUUUCAUAAUAUAUCAUUUACCUCGGAAUGCCGGCUUUUGAAUGAACUUCUUUCCGGCCGCAUGCAAAACGCACAAUGUAAAAAAUGGCUACAUAAAUGGCAUGAAAUUUUCUCAUUGAUUUUCGAUAAAAUAUGCAUAGAAAUAUUCAUUCUUUCAAUCAUUCGGUAGACAAUUACGCCUUCUAACUGUAUACACGAAGAGGGGACAUAAUCUAGUUUUAAAAAUUUUCUAAUUGUGAGACUUUUAAAUACCGUGAAAUGAUCGUUCAUAAAACGUCAUGUCUCUGCAUUUACCAAUGUGGCCUGUAAGGUAAAUAAUAUUGCUCAAAUCCACUGCUUAAUUUUAUGAACCCUAUAUGGUCUCCCUUCAUUGCCGUAGAGAAAUGUGUGGCUUUCCUUAUGCGGAAAAUAUACGGCUUGUAGUUGGGAAACCCUGAAUCCAAGUGUGACGGUAGAGCGGGUUCAAAAUUAUUCGGGAAUAGGAAAGGUUUUUAAAACUGGAUUAUGUCCUUCCUUCGAGUAUAAAAUUAGAGAAAGACGUAAUUAUCCACCAAAUGAGCGAAUGAAUGAGUAUAUUUACGCAUGUUUUCCAUGAAAUAUAAUUGGACUUUUAGGCGCAUAGAAAAUCAACGAGAAAAAUUCAUGCUUUGUAGUUGUCGUUUUUUACAUUGUGUGCCUUUUGCAUGCAGCCGGAAGGAAGUUCGUUUGAAAUCCGGCAUCAUGACGUAACUGAAAUAUGAUAUAAUUAUGUUACAGGCGGACUAGUUUCGCAACCCUGCUUUAUUAAUCUUUUCCAAUCGAAAACGCCUUUUGGAAUUUCGUUUAUCAUUUUAUGAGUUAGCCCACCUACUGCGCUUAUCUAUAAUCAUUGUUCUAACAGCUGCGUACUACUUUUGCACAUUCAAGCUGUCAUCUUAAUUCAGCACACGGUUUGAAUUAUAGGGCUUACAGACGAACAAUCUUAGAAGGAUCUGCCACUUUAGAUGGCAUGCAUUAAAGACGGAUUUGAAUAAGUCAAUUCCCGCAGAAUUAGACCUCAGUAUAUAAGCCGAUCCCAAAAAAUGCCUAGGUUGGCCUUCAUCACUGGGAUAAUUACUUUGUCUGUUGGCAGAAAAGAGAGACAGAUUCCAGAGGUUGAUGUAGUCUCUAUUCCCCGCUCCUCUCUAAAAAAUGAGCAUGUUUUUUUGCCUCAAUCACUCCCCCCUAAUACCCCAAGGACUUUGGAUAGCUCAGGCAAUGCCUUAGGCUAAAUGCGGUACAUCGAAUUUACCAAAAAAUAUAACUAAUCAUUGCCGUCGUAACUGGUAAAUCGUUGCGGCAAAUCCAGAACGACUGUUAACACUGACAAGCAUUCACGCCAACGCUGAAGGAUAUAAAUAGGGACGUAGAACAACGCCUCUAACCACUGGGACACGCGUCCGUUUUCCUGUCGGUUUCCAUCGGAAAUACAAGACGGUGGGAGGGGGCGCUAACCGAUCGUUUUUACGCAACUAGGUCGCCCCCUUUACCUUGCGAGCGCUCUUUCGAGCCCCACCAGCAGCCGCACAGCGGCGCAUGAUAUAUAGGCAGAAUGGUAUGACCGACAAAGACAAGGGAGACUGGAAUGGCCAUUUCUGGCUUAUUAGCCGUCGUCAGCCAGCCAUGCCCAAGCCCGAAGUGUGGAACACCCGAGCCUCGAACUCGCGACCUGUUGGUUUAGAAGUCAACGCCUCUACUCACCGGGCCACGAGCCCGUUGCCUUGUCAGUUUUCGAUCGGGAAUAUACAGUGUUAGGGGGCGCUCACCGAUCGUUCAUACGGAACUCACUCGGUCCGUUGUGCCUUGCGGGCUUUCUUUUUCGACCCUGACCAGCUGCCACACAAUGGCGCAUGAAUGGCCUUACCGGCAACGACAAGGGAGACUGGAAUGGGCAUUUCUGGCCUCUUAGCGGUCGUCAGCCACUCAUGCCCAACCCUUAAAUAUGGAACACCUGGGGCUAGAAAUGGCCAUUACUCCUGUUACUCUACCUAUAGUUUGGAGUGUUCAUCUGAAUCUUGAGUCGAAUAAAAUUAUUGAUUUAGCUGUGACGUUUCUUUUUUCUUCUUCCCUUUCUUUCCAACUGCCCACCGUAAGUGGCCUUCUCAUCUUAAAUGGUGGUCAAAAACUGUAUUAAAACGCACCCCAUCGGUUACUGGAGAGAUUUGCUCAUCUGCUAUUGGUCUGGGCUAAAACUUAGACUGGACUCUGACUUACCCGCAGGCGCCAAUUUUUUGUCCUGUUACAUAGGUUUUUUUUCGAAAGUAUAAUUUUACUGCCUGCUAUGUGUAUGGGCACGAAUUAUCGAAAACAUGUUCGGCCUAUUUUGCACCUCGGUGUUGUUCUGCUGUUUGUCAACGCAUGCAUUACUCGUGUGCCUUUCAGUUCCGACAGCGAUGCUCGUCGAAGCAGUCUUGGCGACGAGAACUUGUUCCUGAAAGCUGAGCUCCUCCGUCUUCAGGCGAUUCUGAAUACGGAAACAGAGAAUGUGCAGCGGCUUCAGAGGUAGGAAGCAGGAAUUUCGCCUUUGGCACCCUUUACCGGUUCAAUUCCUUUUACAAUUGAUUAUAUAGAACUGCCCUGUUUGUUAUUUUCACCCCUUACAAAUGUCUUUCAACGCUAAGAGUAGUAAGACCCGUUUAAUCACAAAAAUUAUUUCUAGUCUCUCUGCGCUUCCCCUCUAGGCAGGCUUCAUCACCCGGCCUCGAAAUGUCACAAAUAGAUAUCCCAUUAAAAUCGCGGCCUCAGAUGCGGUCUCGUAGUUCAGGCGGUUAAUGAGAUGGCCGUACUUAAGCUUUGCCCUUCCCGUUACGAGUUUGAAUCCCACAGAGGCCGUCGGGUUUUAGACGUCUGGGCCGACUGAAUUAUUCAAGUCUGUCAAAAAAGACCAAUUUGUUAAAUGAGUGUGGUAUUCUUCUGGUUGAUUCUAGGUUGAGUGCUUAGAAGAUCGCGCAUGGAUAAUUAGCCGAUUCCUUACCUUGAAGUAAUUUGCGCAUGUACCUUUAUAUUUAUGGGCUCCCGUUGGGGCGUCGUAGUUCAAGUGGUUUGAGAAUUGAUUGUACUCAGGCCGUGCACUUGCUGUCGCAGUUUUGAAUCUCAUCGUUGUCGGCGAGUUUUUCGCAUUUGGACUAAGUUUCAGUACGAACUUUUCUCCUGCAAAACCAUUUCAUUUGAUCUCAGGCGUCCUUAUUUGGAGUCAUCGGAGUGGAUUCAACUCGGAUAUACACCCGUCCUGGCGGUCAUUGCCGUGCGUACAUGGACAAACAAUACCCAUCGCUUAAACACUAGUGGCGAAUUGAUCCUAACUUCGGGCGAUGCAACGUCCGAGAGUUUGGCCAUCGCAAGCGAUGACGUAUACCGCGUAAUUCGGAGAAUGGACGCAGCGACUACUCGUGUCUCAAUAAGUUUAUAGGUACGCAUCGUUGCACAGCGCCAACCGCACUCUCCACACCUACCCAUCGGGCUCUGAUGAUAGUUCAAUAAUCGUGCCCGACGAUAUCAGCGUGUCUCCACUCCAGACUGAGAUCACGCACAUCGACUUGGACGUCAAGUAGUUUGUAGAGUAGAGUUUUGCAGCAUCUACCACAAUCUCUCCUGCCCACCCUGGUCCCGUGUCAAGACAUAGUCAAGGAGAGCGGGGGCGCGGGGAGGGCUUGGGUGGCUGGCACGGCCGAAGCUGCAUCUAGGAGUGCCACCACAUACCCCGGUCCACAACAAACACUUGACCAGGAUUUUGACUAACAACAGCCGUGCUCCAAACGCAAGGCGAUAUCAAGACCCUGCUAAGAGGCCUCUCUAUGCGUGCCGCACAGCACCUGGUCCUUUCAGGAUUCGUAUCUCACUUGCGUGGCAAUAUCACAAAUAGGCGAAGUGAAGGGGAGACCUUGUUGCCUUGGUCUUCGCUUCGGGAACCCGCAGAGUCAACCCUCGCGGUUGAAAAUCUUCCAGGGCAGAAGUGGUAGCACGUCGUGGUAGUUCAAAGGCGCAUCUGCUUUCUCGAAAUGAGGAAUGUGUUGGUGUGCCUUGCGGAUGGAUUCCCUUAAUCUGCCUUUCCUUCCUCAUACGCUCGUCCACUAUCUGAACCGAUCAGUCAACCGGAGAUGCAAUUCGACAAAAUGGCGCACCAUCGCAUGCAUUUGCAGCAGUGGUUAUAGGCUCGCGCGGACUCUCGACUGCCCCAUUAACACGUACCGCAAGGCAAUCUCUACCUCUAGAAUCGAACCAAUACCGCAGAUAGUCGCUUAUUCACACAUGAAUUAACAAUACCAACACACGCUCUGGCGUCUCUAGCGACCGCUACUUCUCUACAGAAUACCUUCCUCAUUCUAGUGUUUUCUGCUAACCUGGACUUGCUCUGCGACUUUUAAAGCAAGCGCAUGACUCUAGCCACUAAGCUUCUUCUCGUCUGCAUUUGAAGGGAGGGGAGAAUAUUCUGAUACCUAGGAAUUUCGUUCUUACAAAGUUAUGGGUUACUGACAUGGCUGCUUCUACAACCGACUAUCAUCAGUUUAUGAACACUGCUCACAGAGUAGUCUCUGUGACACUCAGCCCCUUUUAUCACCUCCAAGUGACCUUAAAUCACCUCAGCCCCUUUAAUCACCCCCUUCUCUCCACUGUCAAACAAACUAACAAGGGUCUGUUUACGUUUUUAACGAAAAUGCAUUUCGGAAUUUUGGUGGACAUUUUAUGAGUUAACCCAGUAGUUGCUCUGUCUGCGACUGCACCAGAUGCGGAGAGAUUAAGAGAUUACUCCGGACGCGCAUGGCUGAGCACGCAGCAGCGGUGAAGAGGAAAGACGCCAACUCUCAGGCAGCAGUUCAUUCCACAGAAUCCGGUCAUAUUUUUAAGUUUCAAGAGGCUGAAAUACUCACAAGACUGACAAUUGCGUGAGCCGCGAGCGGCUCAAAUCAUGGUUCUCAGGUCCGCAAUCCACCAAAAAGCGCAAUGACCUCCCAGCACAGUAUUCAGUGCCGAGGCAUUUUCUUAGCAAAGAAUUCAGUCACAUGGGGAGGGCGAGGGCGCUCAACUAUCCUGGUGACAGCGGGCCAAAAUUGCCGAGUAAACAUCACAUCAACAUCCAACUCGCGUGAUGAAAUUACGGCAAUUAACGACUCGGACGCGGACUGACAAGCCAUCACCGCCUUAAUUACAAUCCCCAGCGGUGAUCACGAGAUCUAUUAAGUAUAGUACGCAUGUGGACUCACGACAGCUACGUAUGAUAAAUACUGCAGUCUUUGUGCUUCUAGUACCUCUGCCUGUAACCGUCCCUAAUGAUGGUUUCGAGGGAGAAUCUGAAACGUCAGGCCAAUAGACUUCUUGUUCCAGUGAUCGCAUCUCCUUCUUCCUCCGAACUAAGAUCAUAGAAACGUGUUAAAGCCACAGCUUGGAUUGACUUUGCUUUUGGCCACCUCGCUUAGUCUAGUCUUCUGUAAUAUCAGCUCGGUUUCAUGCACUUAGGCGUUUGGUGUACUGCUAAACACGUGCAGGGCGCAAUCGUAGGCGAUUAAGAUUUUCCGAUUUGCCUAUUCAUUUCUGUGGGAGCGCACUUUAUUAUAGCCAAAAAUCAUCAUGUCUGUCAAUUACUGAAGUUGAAAUUGUGGUUCAUAAUAAUCAGUACUCCAAUCCGCAAUAACUGAUCUCGCUUGCUCGAGAGUACACAGCAGAGACUCUGACGGAUGUGUCAUCAAAUCCAGUGGCUACCGAACAUCACAUCUAUCGUCCGUGGAUAUCGACCCUCACUUCUUCGGUUAGUGGGCAAACAACACAAAGAACCAUGGCAGCACAAUUCAAAAGAUGACUGCGUUUGCGUAGGCUGUCUUUCACAUGAGGCUGAUGACUAUCAAAAAGGGCCUUUCGUUCGCACUGGAGCUUGAUUUCCCCGUCUCAUUGCAAUCAGUUAGGGUAUUCUGUUACGCCGGGUGCUUUUCUGGUCAGGUUUGGUUAUGAAGCCCCACCUGAAGUAAAUAAACGCCAGCCACCUGUAAUACACUGACCUUAGCCAUUAACCCAAACCCCUAACUCCAACCCUAAACCCAACCCAAACCCCUAACCCUAGCCCGUAAACAGAACUCCUAACUCUAACCUAUGGCCCCAAUCCCAACAGUAUUGGGCCCAUCAGGUCGGGCUAUUUAACUACAUCUUACGGACUUUUUACACCGUCACUUGAAGCAUCAUUGCCUUUCACGCACGUCUGCCUCUUAUAUGAUUCUGAGUCUACUUUUAACUGGUUUUGAUAAGCCCCACCGAGUAGAGAUAAUGCCAUCUCUGAAACCCACUGUAAAUAUGUACUGAAAAGAUUCCUGUAGUCGUUUUAGCAAACCGUCGUUGCCUAGCUGUCAUAUGCUGACCAAUAGUGCAAGCUUAAUUUUCAGUUUUUCUAGGCCCUCGAAGUCUGUAACUCCCGAAGUCCCAUAUCCUGAUUGCGAGACAAACCGAUCCGACUUUUUGCCCGGAAUUACCAGGCAUACCCAUCUGGGCUUGUCCAAGGACUCAGAUGCUCCUUCAUCCACUUUAAUUAGGCGUUCAGUAUGCGACGAAUCUUACUUUCCAAAAGAAGUACAUUCAAAGUUGGGGAAACUAAGGUCAUAAAAACGUGUUUGACUCACAUCGCAGGUUGGCCUUGCAUUUGGCCACCAAGCCUGGACUAAUCUUCUGUACUGUUAGCUCGAUUUUACAUUCCAAAAGCAGAUGAGAGUGGCGGACGCUCAGCAUUCCCUGCGUUCUGCUAUAUAAGCCAUGAAUAAGCCAAAAUGUUUCGGGUUCGGAUCGCACCGGGGUUACCGAUAUAACAAUCCACAGUGACUGACCUGCCAUCUAACGCCACCUCGCAAGAUGCAUUACGUCAAGGCUGACUAUGUCGCCAGUAGGCCGCCUUGGUGUCAUUGGCGCCCGUAGACAGAAAAGGCAAGACGUAAAGUAGAUUCCGCCAUCGAUUAAUAACACGGAUUGACUGAACGUCAGAUAGAAACUCCUGAUUCUUUAAAACUCGAUUUGGAUAUGAUCGUGACGUCACGCGACGAUUUCGACAGGUUUUCGUAACAUAGUUUGUCGGAGUCCUCGUUUUUUUUUUACAGUUUUGAGUCUACCUUUGAAAAAUGGUAGUUUGUGGGUGGAAGGACUUACCAGGACACGGGCAACCCGAUUAAUCUAUGCUUUCGUUGCCACGGCAUCCUGACUACCUCGGACAUGGGAGUGUCCAGUUUUUCAAAAACAUGUUUACAGUGAGUGACCGAUCUCAUAAAAUGUUGGCCGAAAUUCAGAAAUGCGUUUUCGAUUUGGAAGGAUGACUUCGGUAACGUUGUAAUACUGAUUAUCAUGCGGCAUAAUCCAGUAAUAUUUCGGACUUUUCAGUAUGUCGGCUUUUUGAUUUACAAAAUCCAAACUCGGUAAAAAUGACUAAUCAAGUAGCAUGCAUUUUUGGCAUUGGUUAUCGAUAGUCAUAUAAGUUGAAAUAAAUUUUGUAAACAUGAACAACAAUAUACUUUCUACUGCUUAUUCGGUGGCACAUAAGGUCUAUUUAAUACGUUACCCUUUAAGAUGGGGUAUAUUAAGGUUUUAAAAAAGUUUUUAAUCUAACGAUUUUCAAGGCCGUGCAAUGUGCAUUCUCACAGUAUCGUGCAUGUCUGCUUCCUAUUGCUCCUCAUGAAAUGUCCGCACUUAUUGCAAAAUUUCAUGAAAUCUGAAUGCUAUUUUCUUAAAGGCAUAAAAGAAUAACUUAUUUUCCUUACACGAAAAGAAUACGCCACAUAGAAUGAAAUCGCUAAAGACUAAUGCAACGGCUGAUCUGGCUUAAUAUUAUUCGGGGAUCGGAAAACUUUUUAAAACCUAACUAUACCCUGUACUUAAGCAUGAAAUGUAAAGUCGGUCUGAUUUGCCGCCGAAUGAGUAGAAAAAAGCAUAUUAUUGCACAUGUUUUCUAUAAAAAUUAUUUCAAUUUUUAAGACUAUCGAAAAUCGAUGCUAAAAAUGCAUGCUACUUAAGUAGUCAUUUUGACUAGAUCGCAGUUGGUAGCCCAGACUGGGAAGCGGAAAGCGAAAUAUUACUGGAUUAUGCCGCAUGCUAAUCAGUAUUACAACUUUACCUAAGUCAUCCUUCCAAAUCGAAAACGCAUUUCCGAACUUCGGCCAACAUUUCAUGAGAUCUGCAACUCACUGUACUUAUGUUGUUGACCAUGAGUCGACCUGUGGGCUUCCGUCCGUGUCAAAACUUGCUCCGUAGGUUAUUAGGUGUUGGUUUUUUCGACGGAGGGGUCACAUCCAAACCCAAAGGCAAUGUCAAAGCACAGUACUUGGAUUAUUCGUGUGAAGUUCUGAUGGAAUAAAUCACUAAUGUCCACAGAAACGGACACAUCCGACAGGACAAAUGGGCACCAGCAGACAAAACUACAAUCGGGGGUGAUCUGAUCAGCAUUCCUGCGCCCGUAUGUGGUAACCUGGGCGAGUGAAGACCCAUGGCUUAAUGUCAUUGACUAAUGGGAAAGCAGACUUAGAAGAACAGUUUCAAUUUGGGGCCCAAGUACAGAUGACCAGUUAGCUUUUUCAGGGCAAAUCGGUUGCUGAAAACUUCACAGCACGGACGGCAGAUAAGGGGUGAUCUGGUUCAUCGAUUAGCUGUUUUAUCGAUUUUUCCUAUUGCUGAAAUGUUUUACUUCUGCCCCGUUCCCAUUUAACUGUACUGGAUCGAUGAGAAUUUAGCGAAAGCUACGCAUGCUCGCUACCUCGUCUUCUGUUGGAAAAUCAUUGUAGUGCGUGGCAAAAGCGGGCCUAGCGUACGAGCUACAGCGUGAGAGGGCUUUGGGGAACCUGUAGGUGGAGAAGACCGAGUUGUAGCAUUCUGCUUCACCGGCAAGGAUAUUAAAGACUAUUAAUCGCUGCGGAACGCUUCAUUUUCCCCCUGCGACUGACUGCUGACGAGUAGCACUGAAAUGAUAAAUAACCGGGGGACAGGGCGGUAGUGUGAUAGCAGAUAAGACUACUGAACCGUCGUAUUUCUCCACUUUAAUGUUCUCCCUUAUAUUGUUCUUCUUUAGAGAAAAGGCGAAGCUUGAGCAAGAGAUUCUGGAUGUUGAAAUAGGUUACACAUCCCUACUGCAGACCUGCUGUACCUACAGACUUGACGGUUCCAUAGAUCUGGCCCAGUCGCCCGAGAUUGAGAUCAAUGACAAAGUAAGUCGGUGGGCAUUUCCCAAGUUUUUUUAAUUCGCACGCCAACCGAGUGUCCCUCUCUUAAUUGCACGUACUACCCCUAAAACUGUUAUAAUACAACUGAUCAGGGCGUCUGGCACCAAAGCAUCGGGCUGGGGGAUUGUAUUUGCUCGGGUUUUUAAAGUAUGUUAACAGGCGUCGCUUCCAAAUGACUAAGAACGACAAAAAAUGUAUUGCCGAAUGCCUGAACAAAGUUGUCAUCUUUAAUUUGCGAUAGUUGGUUGAAGGCGGACGGCGAAUCAUGUAACAAAAAGAAGCUCGGCGGGAUGCCUUGCUUUUUGUUUUAAUUUUAAAUAUAUUGACCUAAAAGUCAUCGUCCACUUGAGAAAGCUUUUGACGAAAAUGUUUUCUCUGGAUGAACAUUCAGGAAGAGUUCCAAACUCUUUUAAAUUGGUGAUUUGGAGACAGAAAAAAAGGGAAACACUGGACAGCCAGAACAAUGUGAGGACGAAGAUUUGAAAGUGUUAAACAGAGCACGAUUCAUUUCAAACGCCUAAAUUUGCAUGUGUUAAGAAUGAUGCAAAAUUAGGAACUUGACUGCUGAAGUAAUGUGGCUGACAGAUGAAAAGAAGAGCAUAAAAACAUGCCAGAUAUCGCAUGCCUCGAAUCGUAACUUGAGGCGAAAAACUGGGUUUCCUGCGACAAUCACUAGUGGGAAAAACUCUGAAUGACGCCUGGCCAACCAUCAGCUUCAAAGCCAGGGCAGAAUAUUAAUGAGAGCUGACUUGUGCUGUGUCUAGUGGGCAUUCUGAGUUGGCCAGACCGUCCUAAACUGCUUUUUCUGUACGACAUUUACAACAAUCAGUCAAUGUUAGUCGAGCAUGUUAGUCGACUAAUGUCAGCUCUUAGAGACUGGCCAGCUAGCCCGAAUUUGGCACGAACCCAGUAGCCGGUUUCCUCUGCUGUUUGAAAAUAGCCUGCCAACUUAACCCUCCCCCCCCCUUGGCCUCCACUUUCAAUUGCGCGUGGAUUUAUGCCAGUCUGCUCCCCAGUCGUCAGUGCGGCAGCUCAUCGGUGCGGCCUUUUGGUGGCCUAACGAAUAUUGGACACAUCACUGCUUGCGCCCGACGUCAUUUGACCUCGUAUGGUCACAACGUGACUGAUUGGUUGCAGGUCUUCAAAAUCCAGACGUAAACACGCACUUCGCCUCCCGGGGGUUAAAAAUUUCACCUCCUGGCACUUGGCCUGUUAUAGCAAUCGCUGCCACUGAGCCCAUAGAUUGUCCGACCAAGUGUAUCCUCCUGACUUUUGAUUUAGGAGUCUUCUUGUCGCGAUCAUCGCGAUUUUACAAAUGGUAACCCCGGCGUUAAAAAGACAGGCGACCUGACUUCACGGUUUUAGUUAAUGUUGAAGUUAGGCAUGCCUCCUUUGUCAACGUCCUUUUUUAUACGGAAUUUUCCCCUCAAAUGCGACUCUCUUUUUUGCGCUUAUUGUACUGUAACCGCUUAACAUUAGUACCCGGUAUUUUUUCCCUGGGCUAUUUUGCCAACUUUCAAUAGUUCAUAUUGAUCCGACUGAGAAAAAACUCGGUGGGAUUCAAACUCACGACGGUUAGGGGAAGGCUUUAGUACAUGAGCAACAUGAGCUAAGAGGCCCCGCCGGACAACGUGAGUUUAAUCACAGUUAGGUUAAGUUACCCGCCCAGUUGGGUCAAUAUGAAUUAUUCAAAAUCUGCCAAAACAUUUAUGAAUUACGUGAGCCUGGUAGUCAUCUGGUGGAUUCUAGGUGCAUUACUUGGGAAAUCCUGCUUGGGCAGUCAACUUACUUUAUCAGAUUUGAUUGACUCCAGUCAUUGAAGUAGGUUUGGCGGGCAACUCUACCCAAAUGUGAUUAAAUUCACGUCGUCUGGCAGGUGGUUAGAGCGUUGGCGGUGCUAAAGCCUUUCGCUUAUUUUUGCGUGUUCGAAACCCACCGGGGUGCCGAGUUUUUCAUAGUUUGAUCAAUAUGAACUAUUCAAAAUCUGCCAAAACAUGUAAGAACUUACAAUUUCUUAAUAUUCCGAGCCUACUUCAUUUUUCGGCGAUGUUUAUAAAGCAGUGACUGCUGUUAAAAUCGACAUUUCUAUAGGGCGUUUCCCAGCUGAAACGGGAAGCAUGAAUGAACAGCACAUCCAUGUUGCCAAGUCAACUACUCAUCUCCGUUUUGUUCCUGCGGAAGCCAUUCAAAGAACACGCUUUUGAAGACAGUGACUCACUAUAUUGCUUUUUCGUUUCAUGAACUCGCCACCGUCUUUUUGGUCACGAAAAUGUGCGGAACCCUGACAGUUAUCGCUUGCAAUUCUCUUUACUUCAGCACAAGAACCGUGUCUGUCAACUCCUCGAAGUCUCUCGAAACUAUGACCCACGCUUGCCGACAGGAAAAUUGUAAGUCCUGUGCGUCGUUUUAUUCAAUUUCAUCUAAGGGACGUUCAUUCUGCAAACUCCUUUGAUGCCUUCUCUCCCACAUAGAUUGUCGGGAAAUCAGAACCACAUGGACUGCUAUGGUUUCGUACACAGCUUCGCUAACCCCGACCACGCUCUGCUCUACCUCUGCAAUCGCCUGUCACAAUUCUACACACUCCGCUCCUCAGACGAGAUGGUUCGGAAGCUCCAGUGGAGCAGUAUCCUUGACACGGACUUCCACCAAGUGCCGAGGGUAUGAUUGGUGUUCUGUCUUCGUAAAUAGUUCAUCUCCGGCAAAAAGCGAAGUGGAUUUAUGUCUUUAAUAUCCGCCUGACUGUGGCCCCAACCCACAACGCAUUCGGGAAAUUUAACAGUAACGAUGUUUGAGACGUUAGCGUCGCGAUUGUGACAGGUGCGCAUACAGUCAGCACUAUCGAUUUAUUGAUCGGCGUCCUGAGGCGUUCAGUUGACAGAUCGGGACAGUUGAUUGGUGCAUGGGAGGGUGAAGAGAGAGUCCGUCACUGGCACAUCAACACAUCUCUCUACAACAAGUCUGACGCACUAAGGUUCAGGUCUUGAAAAUGUGCCAGGUUAUAGGAUAAUUCGAUCCAUUUCAAAUCCAACAGUCAGGCUGCAACGGCUUUAUGUGGCCUUUAUGGCACUCUUACUGGUGUGAUACUCGAGCUGCCAAUAUAUCGGCCGCGUGUAGCAUGCGUUUACGCGCUAUUUGGAUUUGCCGUUUACUGCGCCCGAAUCUGCCCCGGUAGUUUUAAAACUGUCUUACCGCCAGAGCCUGGCGGUGAGGGAAUAGAGCGUGCGGUAGAUGUUGUGCAUACGCACCGCACUGUAAACCAAUGCACACUUAGGUCACCGGUACCGCGCUCACUUCGUAAGGCAUGCAGUGGAUGUGGGCGGUUGCAAGCAUCGAAAAUGGAAGUGCAAUCCGCAUAAAAUCCUCCCUUCGUACGUUGUUUGAGUUGAAGUAUAAUAUCUAAGCGGUAAGUUCAAGAUCACCCUCUGAAACGCUGGAAUUGAGAUUCACUUCUUUCCCUCGCUAGUGAACGACAGUCUGUCUUAGCCACCAUAAAUAUCUGAAAGCAGACUUAUUUUCCCGAGAUCCUCCAGAAGUGGUGCUGUUGGUGGUGGUGGUGUUGUUGGCCGGAGGCGAGGAGGGCGAGGACGACGACGACGUCAUAGGGUCGCCACUAAAAUUAUGGCCAAUUUGUGAAUGGAUGAACAAACUGCGAACGACGGGUGCUCCCCUUCUGCCCUGCCGGUUAGCGGUCAUGUACCUGAGAGCUCCGUUUUUUGCGGUCUGGCAUGUAAGAUUGCGGUCGAAGAAAAGUGGACUUGAUAGGCCGUUUCUGACUUAUUGGCCAUCGUCAGUCAGUUUAAACCAACCCCAGGUUAGGGGACACCUGGGGUUCGAACCCGCGUUAUCCUGGUUAUUCGUCUUUGGUAAGCCCAAUGGUCUAAGAAAUGAGUCAUUGAAUCGCUGUCAUGUUAGUUGUGAUAAAUAAUCUCCAUCUGCCUAUAUUAAUAAUCGCUGACGGGCUGUUUGUCGGGCUCCGGUGGGAACCCUAACGCACAACGGAACAAGUCGGUCCCGUAACCCGAGCGGUUAACAGAUUUCCAACAUAGUUAAUGUUCCCGGUCCCAGCUUAUAGGGAAAAAGAUCUGUGGCUCAAUGUUUACAGCUUUAUACGUACUAACGCCUCAUCGCCAAAAGUACGCGGACUUCAACCUCGGCGCCUUCAAAUUUGUGGAUGAGUAGGACUGACUGAGGGUGGUAAUUAGCCAAAAUCGAUCGUUCCAGUCUCUGUUGUCUUUGUCGGCAAUCUCGGUCGGUAUGCGACCGCCUUCGUGGGCCCUUGAUAAAGCCCCAAACCACAACGUAACGAGCAUGCCCGUAAGUCCAUCGGCCAACACAAUUCCAAUAUUAGUAGGUCGGAUCUUAUUUCGUAGGCGUACUUGCUGCUGACAGGUUCCAUCCUAACCCCUUAUCCCAACCCCAACCGCUAACCCUGAUCCCUAACCCCAACCCAUAACCUCUGACCCCUAACAUUUAACCUUAACAGGUACGGCUACGAAAUAAGAUCCUGCCCAUAAGUAUGCAGUAAAGGUUGUAACCUAGUCUCAACGUUGGUACUAACCAAAAGCCAUGGCACGUGGUUCAUCCAUAAUUUCAUUUGCUGAACUGACAAAAUAUUGCAAAACACGGUAAUGGUGUCCAUUAAUGUUGGCUAUAUCUUCACGUCUAUACUACUGGAUUUAACAAGGUGGCGUACAAGAGAGCGCUUGAAAUUCUGCCUUGAUUAAACUUUUGGACCUUUGUCAGAAAACGGACUUUCCAUUCGCCCAGGAGUACUGCCAGCAGUUGAAGUGCUAUUGUCCACCUACUACUUUCUUGUUGAAGUCGCGGAGCAAAGGAUAAAAGCUACCACUCUGCCAUUAGGUAAUCUCAAUUUAUGGGGACAUUACCUGAAUGGCACAUUUGCUAUCAUUAAGAGAGAUCAAAUGCAAAUGUUUUACAUUGUUGGGAAGUCAACAUCACAUUUAGAGUCGUAAAAGAGGUUGACAGCAAACUUUCUUUAUGCCCUCUUAUAGAAAAAGUCUGGUAGGACACUUGACACUACAGGUUACCACGAAAUAACUAAUGUGGACGAUAUUCCACGAUACGAGCGUAAUUAUCCUACCUAUAACAAACGGAGUUCUGUUAACGUCCUACCAAAUUGUGCAAAAGUCACUGUUUUGACAACGAAAGUAUUUAAAUAAAGUAUCUGCUUAGAAUAUAUCUCCGAACUGGGUGUACUAGAGACCGUACGUCGAUGCAUGAGACAAUAGGAGGUAAGAGAAAAGAACAGGGAGUUGAUUUCGCCUACAAGGCACCCAAUGGAGAAAUGGCGAACACUUUCGUAUCGUUAUGAAUUUGUCCGUACACGUUGAAAGAUACCCCAGAAAUCACUUAUUACCAGUGAUGCACAAACGAAGACUACAGCGCCCAACCAGUUUGUAUACUUCAAGGAUAUGGUUAGCCAUUUAGAUGAAAAAAGUCGUUAACAACAUUCCAUGCGACGUUUAAAUGCAGCGUACUGUGGUCAAAAUGCAACAUCUGCCUUUAUUAGUAUGCAUGAACAUUAUUUGGCGCUAACGAGGCGAGACUCCUAGUUCCAGGUCGAAAUGUAUGCGCUGGAAGGUAAACAGAAAUUUGCCAGAGAAAAAACUCUCGUUGUUCGUCCCAGUCCAUUGAAAAUGAUCAGUAAGUUUUGCAGCUCAUAAAUUUCCACAUCCUGUGACUUAUUUGUCCUUAUCAAUGAGACCGCAAUUACUCCCGUUGUAUGACAUCAUCACGUGGCUUCGAGGUGUCGGUCAUAUCAAAGGGGAUAACUGUUUUAAGAUUUAACCAUGUGCACAGUACGUAAAAAGGCUUACUUUUUUUCUUUAAAUUUAAACAAAAUUCAGACCCGUAUUUUCAGUCCGGGUAUUUCAGCAUGGGAUCCCAGAGAGAGGUUGCUGUAGGAAUAUCAAUGUCUUUCUUUUGUUACAUUGUUCUGCGCAAACUAGCACAAGUGUCCACAGCCGUUAAAAUUGUGUUGAAUACUUAAAGCCAACUAGUAUUGUUGUCAAUUUUGCGGAAUUAUAAGGCCAGAAUAAUCUGAUGCUCGGGAGUAGGCGGACACCAAUCCGUUGGCUUCCCGAAGCCAACAGGCUUCAUACGAGUGAUAGGGGUCAAGAGCAGGCAACCACCUACCGGACGGAAUUCGGUCAAGUUAUGAUAGCAAAGGGGGCUGACAGAGUCUGAGGGGCAAACUGAUACAGCACUGUUUCGGGCUUGUUUGCCUUAAUUCAGCCAAUCAUAACCCUGACCACCAGCUGGGACCCGAAACACAAACAUGCGCCCACACACCUGGAGCGGUCGGUUCACCACUGCGGUCUCCCAGAUGAGUCAUAAGCGCCUUAUCGAACCGAAAUUCAUCACUGCCUCGACACGUCCACUUCGUUUCGAUAAGGCGCUUAUGACUCAUCUAGUAGCACCCAGUGUUGAAACAACCACGCCAGAUGUGUGGGCGCAUGUUUGUGUUUCGCGUCCCAACUGGUGGUCGAGGGUAUGACUGGCUGGAUGAAGGCAAACAAGCGCAAAACAGUACUGUAUCAAUCUGCCCUCUCCCAGACUCUAUCAUCUGCCAUCUGAUAUAUAUAUUUAUACAGUGCGUGACCGACCUCAUGAAAUGUCGGCCGAAAUUCUGAAAUGCGUUUUCGCUUAGGAACAAUUACUUAGAUGGGGUCGCAAUUCCGAUUAACAUGCGACCUAACCCUAUAGCAUUUCGGACUCGGCAGUGUGUAAGCAUCUGAAUGCACUUCUGCUUGACUUCCUCUGGAAAGACUAUCAGUAGAAAUGAGUACCUAUGAUUUCAAAUGCAUUUUUUUGAAAAAAGGGACGAAAAUAUGCUUCCUUUCACUCGCUUGUAAGGGAAUCACUUCAUUUUCAUAUUUGAUACUCGAAGAAGAAAUAUAACUAGAUUUUAAACAGUUUUCUCAUCCCCGAAUAAUUUGGAGUCUGAUCAGUCGUUGCAUUAGGGAUUAAUUAUUUCAGUCUGCAAUCCGCGUAAAGAAAAUGACAUAUUCUCCUAUGUCUUUAAAAAGAUACAACAUAUAUUCCAUAAACUUUUGACAUGGAUGCGAAUCAUGUUAUGCAUUUCCUGAGGAGUAGUGGUAGACGGAGAGGUACAAUGCUGUAUGAAUGGACAUUGCAUAGUCUUAACAAUAUUAUUAUUAGAAACUUUUUUAAAACAACUUUAUAUUCCUUCUUCGAGUAUAAAAAUAUGAAGAUGACGUAAUUUUCUAUUAAACGAGUGGAAAGCAUCAUAUUUUUGUCCACGUUUUUCAUAAAAUAUAACUGAAUAUAGACGACUAUCGAAAAUCUGUGUGAGAAAUGCAUGCUUUAUAGGUAAUCAUUUUUACCGAUUGUAGUUUCCACAGAAAGUCCAACAGAAGUGUAUUCAAACACUAACAUCCUGCUGAGUGCGAAAUACUUUAGGGUUAUGUCGCAUGUUAAUCAGAAAUGCACUUCGGUCUAAGUAAUUCUUCUUAAUCGAAAACACAUUUCAGAAUUCCGGGAAACAUUUCAUGAGGUCGGUCACUCACUGUAUAUAUUGGCUUGAAAUAUCCGGGUAAGUCAGGGGAAUAGAAUGUUCCGCCUCCGUGAUCCAGUUGACCUCUGUUACAUUCGAGGAAAUAUACCUUCAAUCUAAAUCUAAUCUCAGUGGAAUUUAGCUCAAGACCACCCGUGUAGCCGCGGAAAGGUUUCCAUUCCAGAGUCCUACCUCAGUGCUUCUAUAAAGCGACAGCGCAGUCGGUAGUUCCAUUCUACGCCCUAUUUAUUUCAGUUCUAAUCCCAGUCUGUCAAUUAAUUGCUGAGAGAAAAAUUAGGAGCAGGCCAAAUAAGUUUGUUAACCUACCCAGUGUCAACAAAUAGGCUAAAAUGGGACUGGUCAUUGUCGAAUUUGUCGCCAUUUGUCGAAUCGAGAGGUCCCCAGAGUCCGGUUCCAGUAAGCCGGCGACGGAGAGCGAGGCCGGGAUUCAAGCCUGUAGAAGGCAUAACUCAACUAUCUGCUAACUGCAUGAUAAAGAACGGAGUUGUCCUACCUAGUUGUUUGGUUCGCGGCUGGCCGACAACGACGUGCGCGCAGCGGCUGUUAUAGCCUCCCUGUUAUGGAACAGCGAGGGAACUAUGGCCUUACAGCAGUUUUGAGGCAAAUAGGAAUCCGCAUUUCAUCCUGCAGUGAGAACGCUUCUGCGAACGCAGCUCUCACAUGAAAGGCAUGGGUUCUGUCUGAAUAAACACGCGGGUAAGACUGAUGCAGAGGCAAGCCCCCUCCCACUUCCAUGUUUGGACUUCUGUAAAGAAAAAUAUAUAUAGCAGUGCCUCUAUUGUUAAUCUUCCUAUUACCGGAAUUGCCUGCUUCACGCUUGUUGCUUGUUACCGGUGAAACGUUUCUUCCGGCCACCUGCGCUACAGAAAGAAACUCUCUUCCCUGUUAGCCGGGUUUUUCUAAGCACAAGCCCAUGCGUAAUGUUCAUAUGAGCCAAAAAUGGCACGUAAGUCGCCCCUUGUGGUAGUUUGAGGAGUGGAGGAUGUGCGGCUUCCUUCUUAGAGGUGAAACUGUGUGUCUGUGUGCUUCUGCAGUUUGGGCGUAGUCGCUAGGGCAGCAUUCUCCUUUCGGCCAGUAGCAAGAGUUUUUUUUCAAGAGAAGGCCGCUGGUAACGGCUUCCUGAGGCGCCUGUUUUAUCUGGGCUUUCUUUCCGUGGGAAAAAUACCUUUAAUACUGCUAUACUGUCAGUUUAGUCUUCAGGAAAACAGUAGACAAAAUCGUUUUGAUUGUGGACGGUUUUGGGGAAAGAUGUGGCGCCCAACGACCAAUGCUACCUGCCGGAGAGACUGUGAGGGAUUAUGGUAGGACUGUGGUGGGGCGGUGUGUAGCCAAUGCAGACGACGGUGGGCAUUAGCUUUCUCCACCUUCGCCUGAAUGCAGAAGUGAUAGCGCUGUCAUCACUAACCAGUCAAGGUGUAGUGACACAUAGCAGGGAUGUCUGAGACAUGUUUUUGCACUCUGUCGGCUGGGGUACAGUUGUUUGCACUGAUUUCUGAGCGUAACACCACCGGUUUUAUUGUCGAUUUAAAUCCAAACGACAAACGAUAGCGGAUUCGGGGCCUUUCUAAUUCCAGGCCAGCAUGACUGGCUUAAAACUGCAAGCAGAUUGGAAAUUGUCACUGCAUACUGCCUCGUUUCCGAUAGAACCAUGGCCGUCGCUGGCCAGUUUUCUUCGCCAUGUCUCCCCUGUAGGCCAAAAAAGACUCAGAAGCAGGUCUUCUAGUCGUCGAAUAUUCUGCCGCCGAUUCAUUGACUCCAGUACUGUCGACUGAUGACGAAGAUUGCGCCAGAAUCCACAUUCCAGUCCCCAUCGCAUUCAUUAAAAAUACUUCUUAAUUAAAUGCAACCCUGAAUCAGUAGGACUAGACUGUCAUUUAAUUCGAAGGGUAAGGGGAGGAGUGUGUUCGCAUACCUACAAGACUUUAAGGUUGUACUUCAUUCAAAGUUUUACCGGUUGUUACUUAUUUUUUUCGGCAUGUACGUCGGUUAAAUGGACCGCUGUCUUCCUACGAUGGCAUUAUCGGUCUAGAUACACGUACUGGACAAAUGAAAUGUUUUUCGGGAAUUUAGUGAUUUUUUCCGGCAUUUGUUUUGUCGAAAUAAGAAUCCCAAAUGUCGAUGGAAUCCUAUUAGUUUUUAUAUUUAUAUAUGUGUAGAGCAGAGGUUUUAUGACUUCCUAGACGAUAGAAUGAAAAAAUUUAGGGUUCUUUAGAAAAAAAUAUUAUAUAUAGGCCGAAAUAAGGUACCAUCGAAGACAAUGGAGACUGGAUAGCCAUUUGUGACUAAUUAGUUGUCGCCGGCCAGCUACGCCGAACUCCAGGUCUGGAUAACCUAGAACUCCCCCCGUUUUUUAAUAAUCGAAUCUACCUCUCUUUCGUUGCGGUUUGGGUCUGAAUAAGAUGAAAAGGCGGCCUUAUAAACCAGGUAUUCUAUUCAGUUGCUGGGACUCGCAUGUCGAUGGACAUUCGGAAUAUGUGCAUGUAUAUAUAGCUGCUAAGCGAUUUCCUCAAUUUAUCCGUAUUAUAUCCAUAACGUGGAAGGUUUGACAACUCGCAUCUAUUAUGCUUGUGCUAAAAGGCAACGUUACCCAGCUGAAUGAGUGAAUUCAUUUAACUGAUAUGAUACGACUGGGAAAAACUCGGCGUCAUCUGUGGGGUCUGAACUCACGACAGCGAAGACUAGUCUUGAGGACAGGCAACGCCUUUAUCGCCUGUGUAACCGCAUUUAAUCACGUUUGGUGAAGUCCAUGCAUCGCGGUAAGCUGGACGAGCAAAGUGACAGGAAUAGCAUUAAAUUCACGGUUCCCAGUGAGGAAGCCUUUUUCUCGCUGUCGUGGGUUUAAGCCCCACCGAGGUUGCCGGAUUCUUCACCGAUGGGUCAAAUGAAGUAUUCAAAUCUGCCAAAAACACGUAAUGAUUUCACCUACUUCACUAGUGGAACUCAGAUCCUGUUUUUUUUCUGUUCGUUGUUUAGAACACUUCUUGCAGUUUUUACUAUUAUGCUCUUUAGCACAAUUGCUGUCUUGUUCAGUCGCUGUAAAAUAAAAAUUACGUACAAUGUCUGAAUGUAAUGAAUACUGCACAAAUUGUAAAUGCUGCCAGAAAUAAUGUGGUCUCCUCAAUGGGUCCGCACUGCAUCCAGGUGCAGCAUUAAAUAUCUGAUCUAUUUUCGUUGGCAGUUUGGCCGCACAGUAAAAAUGUCUUCAUAAGGAGCGGGGCUCUGUUGAGAUUUCACUGCUUUUUAGUCACCUUGGUUUGGUCGAUUAUCGGUAGGUCAUGGGAAUAUGGACCCCCAUCUGCUACACAUGCCUUGCGCUAUCUCCCAGGGGUGUAAGGUUUAUGGUGAGGGUGAGGGGCAGGAGAGUUAGAGUUCGGGUUAAAACUUACGGCGACGUAUGCCAAAAUUGAAGUUAGACUUGAAGCUAGGACAUGGGAGCAGAUCGAUAUUUCCUUCUCCAACCCUGCGUUGUACAGUAGAUGGGCUAACUCAUGAAAUGUCAACCGAAAUUCUGAAAUGCAUAUUCGUUUCGAAAGCAUUCAUUAAGUGACGUUGUCGAACUAGUCAGUCUGCAGAAUAAUUCUAUAAUAUUUCAAUUACCUCAGAAUGCCGGCUUUUGAAUGAACUUCCUACCGGAUACAUGCACAAACUACACUCUAUAAAAAAUGACUACGUAUGUAGCAUGAAUCUUUCACAUUGAUUUUCGAUGCGCUUAAAAGACCAAUUAUAUUUCAUGGAAAACAUGCAAAAACAUAUUCAUUAUUUUGCUCUUUUGGUAGGUAAUUACGUAUGCUUCUAAUUUUAUAUUCGAAGGAGGAUAUGAUUCGGUUUUAAAAACUUGUACAAUUCCCGAAUAAUUUUAACCCGCUCUAUCGUUACAUUUGGAUUUAGGGAUUCCAAAUUACAAGCCAUAUAUUUUCCGCGUACGGAAAUCCAUACGUUUCUUUACGGUACUAAAGGGGUAUCAUAUAGGGGUCAUUAAAUUACGCAGUGAAUUCGAUCCAUACUGUUAACUUUACAAGCCACAUUGGUUAAUGCAGAAAUAUGACGAAUUAUGAACGGCCAUUAAGAGUCCCACGCGUGUACGGGCUUUUGACGGGUACCUGUGCCGUAAGUAUGGAAUCACCUUACCCUUAAAUAUAUUACUAACUGCCCGUAGGCAGCUAGUGGAUAUUACACGGCUUUCCGUCCUGGCUGAUGGACUUCGGCCCAACUAUUCAUAUAAAAAGACUUCGGACUGAGCCUAUAGACCUUAAAUAUACAUAUCUACUCCAAGUUUGCAGUUUAUUUUUAAGGAAAUUAAGAAGAAACUACUCUUUACACUGUUACAAAUCGGUCCUUUCUAGCUUGAAAUGCUGCACUUCAGGCUUUCACGUGUCUUGUGGUUAAACGGGGGUAAUACACAUGAUCGUCCGCCUCCAGAAGUUACAGAAGUGCAUGAACUUUCAGGCCAACGUCUUGAUCUUUUUGUUCCAGGUGAACGGUGCUCAUGUUGCGGAUCGUUGCAGGAGCGAUCUGUGAAGCAAUACCUUGCUGAGGGUGGGAUCAGCUGACCAUCUAAAGACUUCAUAAAUGCCUAGUUUGCCUGUUCACAUUCCAAAUGCAAGGAGCAAUCUAACUGGGUUAGAUCCGGCUUGACUAGUAUUCAGAGGAUGGGGCGGUUAGUUGAGGUUGCACAGAGGACAUCAAGGGAAGGAAGUGGUUAGGCUUAGUCAUAAUCAUGCAUUAGAGAAACACUGGAAGUACGUAGGUUGAUAUAAGUGAUAGUGAGGACGAUAGGUCAUUUGGCCUUUUGGCCAUGGCAACCUCAGGGUCUGCGCAGGACCAGCCUCCGUAAUGUGACUUUUGUCGACACUGUCAUUACCAGUAUGCGCUGUAGGGGUGCCCUCCGGUGUCUACCUGUUAAUCUGCAGACUAUCUAUGCGAUUCUCCUGGUGUUUAUGAGGUUACCAGUGGAGCUGGAAAUGGACAUCCUGCUAAUGUUUCCUUGCCUUUCUGUACAGGCGCUGACGGAUUCGAGCAGCGCAACCUGCAGCACAAUAACAAGUGCUGGAUUAUCGUAGAUUCCUUAAUUCAUGAACAGUUAGCAGUUAAAAGAAGACGAAGGCACGAUCACGGGGACAGUAGAUUUAUUUGUCUGAGCUUUCAGACAGAUAAAUCUACUGUCCCAGUGAUCGUACCUUCGUCUUCUAUAAAACAAGAACCUGGGAUGCGCAUGUUCUAUUUUAUUCAGGAGUUAGCAGUUAUCCUAAAGUAUGCAUCCGACUUGAGAAGACAUCUUAAUAGGACUUAUAUUAUUAAUUAUCAUACGGUGUAAUUCUAAAAUAUUUCACUCAAUCCAGAAUACCGGCUUUCGAAUGAGUUUCCUUUCGGCCGCCUUCAUAAACCACGCCUUUUAAAUAAACGACUGCUUAAGUAUCGUGAAUUUUUUCUUUUAAUUUUCUAUGCCCAUGGGAAUCCAGUUAUAUUGAAUAGAAAACAUGGACAAAAUUUUAUCUUUUGUACACAUUUGGUAGCUAAUGACUUCUUGUUCAGAUUUUCCGCUAAAAGGGGCAUUAUCUUAAGGUUUUUAAAUUUUCUUCCAACUCCCGAAUAUUUUUUUGCUUCUGCUGCCGUCACACUUACGUUUUGAAAACAAGCAUGUAGAGCAGAAUUUAUUGGGGCCAAAAAAUUUCGUGACGGCCUUUCAACUGCAGCCCGACUCGGCAUAACAUAGGUAACGAAUGAAAGCGCACAGCAGUUUGAAUUUGUACAAACUGGCAGUGCAUAAGAACUAGGUCAGUGUUCAAGGCAAUGAAUAAUCAGAUUAGACGUCCACACAAGCAUCAUAUGGGAAAGAGGGAAACGAAACGUUAACAAUAAAUCACAGUCAGGGGAAACUAGAGGCGUGAGAUUACCAGGGCAAUUGCAGAUUGAUAACGUGAUCUAACUGCUUGGACAGGUCUGGUUUCUCCCUCCGUAUGUAAGCUGCUUCCAAAAAACGCAAGGUUCGAGUUGUAUGCGCUCAGACAAGUACUCGAAAAGAUGCUUUAGGGUCGACAAAUGACCGUUAUCUAACAGGUGUAUCGUUAUAGACGAACGGGGGGUUUUGUUUUCCUGUUUGAAAAGCCAAUUAAGCAAAUGCUCAGCGGCCCUGGUUGCCAGUUGCCUUUGCGUUCGCCCAAUGUACUUGCAUCCGCAAGUGAAUGUGAAUUCAUAGACACAUUUUGGGGUGGCGUAUAUUGGCAAGGCAUCCUUUGCCCGGUUAAUUGGAAGGCUUUUUGUGGAACAGAUGAAGGUAAGCUCUGCUGCGUUGUACGUUCUUUCUAUAGUGCAACGCAAGCGUCGCUUGAUCGUGUUUGAGACGUUGUCACCCUUAAGAGGUAGACAUAUUAUAACGGGCUUCUUCGGAACGGACUCUUCCGUCAACGUUGGCCGUAAAUGGUUGCUGUACUUCUGAAUGAAGCGUGCAGGAUAACCAAGAUUAAGCAAGGCUUCUUUAAUUCGGGCAGUUUCUGUAUCUUUGGUCUCCCUGGAGCAGAUAUUUUUCGCUCUUUGAAAAAGAGUAUGUACUGGAUUACGUUUCCAUUGUAUUGGCGCAAAGCUUUUAAAAUGUAAGUAUAGCCCUGUCCACGUAAUCUUGAGGAAGACGGAGCUUCUUAUUGAACCAUCAUCCUCUCUAAACAUGAGGACGUCCAGGAAGGAUAACUUGUUAAACUGCUCCAUUUCCAUCGUAAAUCUGAUUUUAUAAUGCAGAUUAUUCAUCAGGCAAAGUAGGUUGGAGGCGUCUUCCUUGUUUCCAAUAAUCCUGCAUAUAUCAUCCGCGUAUCUCCUGUAUAAUGUUGUCAUGUUUAAUUUUGAUGACACCUUUUCUUCUAGGUAACCCAUGAAAACGUCGGCGAGGGUUGGCCCGAGUGGACUAACCACUGUGACUUCGUCAAUUUGUCUGUGAAGUUCCCCAUUAAACAGAAGUUGAACAUCUUUGGUGCAAAUUACCGGCAGAUUUCGUAGUGGUUAGGGGGCGAGUCGGGUUUUGAAUGCAUGGGCGCAUAUAUUGUUUCAUCCAAUGGUACAUUGGUAAAUAAGGAUUCCACGUGUAAAGAGAUCAUACACUUGUCGGCGAUGUUCUGGUCCUUAAUUUCUUUAAUGAAAUGAAGACUGUCUUUUAUCGUGUAAAUGAAAACAAUUGUCGAAUUUGUUCUAGCUCUUUGGCAAGCAAUUUCACUAGUCUGUAUGUGGGUGAAUUAGACAUAGAAAGAAUUGGUCAUAAAGGUGUGUCCUUUUUAUGCGUUUUUUGGAAGACCAUAUAGUCUGGGAAUAUGUGUGCUUCUCGAUUUUAAGAUUAGUGCGGUUUUAGUAUCCAUCAAGUUUUUUUUCAGCAACUUUUGGACCUUUUUCAAGACUGAGUCUUUCAAUGCCUUGGUUUCAUCUUUUCUAGACGCUUCUAGAUGAAAUUUGCUCUGAUCUUUUAAGAUGCACUUCAUUUUCCUCACAUAGUCCUUCCGGUCAAGAAUAACAACUCCAUGGCCUUUUUCAAGCUUAGAAAUUAUUAUUUGUUCAUGAAGUUUCAAGGCGGAUAAGGCAGCUAUGUGUUCAUUGGUUAAUGGAGUCAAUUGUGUGAUAGGAGCUUUAGGGUACUGAUGAGCCAUGUCCACAAAUUCCGCUUUCAACCAGCCAACAUCGUCAGUGGAUCUGGGUACUAAGUCAGACAGUUGAGAAUUCAAGUCUUCAAACUGAGCCUCAAUUUCAAUUGGGUUUACUCUCCUGUUCGGAAUGCAAAAGUCAGGUCCUAUUGAUAAAGCCUCUGAUUGUAGCUUAUUAAGUUUGAUGUCAGACAGACUAAGGAUAGGCUCAUCUGUACUCGGAGGGAAAUAAUCGUCCGUAGACUUUUUGCACAAUGACUUCCUUAGUUUAAAACGGUAUGAGUCUCUUGAUUUCCUUUGUAUGAUACACGCAUGUUUCAUGGACAGUAACCAGAAGAAGAAACUUAUCUUGUCGAGAAUAUGUUUUGUUUCGUCCAAACGAGAGUUGUUUAUGUCGACAGCCUCAACCGAGUCCUCAAUUUUUGAUUGUGCAAGACGGUCCAGAUUUUUAUGGUGGGACGUAAUUUUCCCCGACGGAGGAUCUUGUAGAACUCCACUGCGUACUACUUGCUGCUUAUACAAUUCUGAAGAAAUUCAAUCCGUGUGUUUUCUUUCGUUAUUCUGCAUCGCCGUUGUAGACGUCUGUCCAGCGACUUAAUAAUAUCCGAGGGGGGUGCUGUUUGAGAAGUUUAAGGCAUUUCCAGGCGACAUGCUGUAUAUAUUCAGCCAGAAGAAUAUCACUCACUACUGCACUCUCUUAGGAAGAUGUAAAUAGGAUUUAUAAAAUUGUGCAAUGAAUAUGGACAUGGUUGCGAAUGGACAUUUCACGGUUUCAAAAAUACAAGAACACAAAAGAUGCUCCCAUUAAGUAGUAAACCUAAGACAGGCGUAAUAUGUUAUUGAAUGAGUACUAGAGAGAAUAUUUUUUACAUGUUUCUAUAUAGUAUACUUGACUUUUUAAUAGCAACGUAGGUCAAUCAAAAAAACAUUGCUUCUUAACUACUAAUUCAUGAGAGUGGUUUUUGCAGGCGAGCGAAAAGGAAGUCAUUAAAAGGCCGGUAUUCUGGCGUGAGUAAUUUUUUUUGAAUUUAUACUGCAUUAUAGGCAAUAUCACAAUCAGACAGGAGACACAUUCCAGAAUUACAGUUAGCUUUUCACAAAGUAGCACAUCCACCAUAGAAUAUGGCCCGUUUUCCUGAUGAGUUAUUACAAGCAGACUGGUUGAUCAUAAUGCAUGUUCACUAGCGGCUGAAAAAGUAUGGAAAAUGGCAUGAACUCGACAUCUAUUUAUUAAAUAACCCCUGCAACCGUAACCUUGUAAACCGAUCCUCGUUUCUGCAGGUUUGUUAGCCUGCUGGACUGUAUGUUUGAGAAUAAGCCGAUCCGAAAAAGUUCUGAUCCUGCCAUAUCUAUCUCAAUACUGACGGUUCGUUAAUUGCGGCAAAAACUCCAAACCUACUUUUUCUCCUACAUUUCCAAACCCGUCGUCUUAUAGCGAUAAUGCAAUAUGCGAUUAUCCAACGCAUGGCCCAAAUCGAAAUUGUCAUAGUCCGUUUCAGGAACUGGCAUUUUCGUGGACAGAACGACGCUAAUGAAGUAGACUAGAUUCCGAUAACGGGUCUUGGGCUAGGUCUUACUAGCCUUCUGUUCGAAUAGUGAACUAUUCAAUGGUAAGAAGAAUUCCCCCAUUUCUUCAAUAGGCCACAUAAAAGACCUGUAUAGGGGACUUUUUGGUAGGCCGAUAUUCAUAAUACCAACAACCUCACCUUUGCAUUCAGAUGACACAAAUGAAUGAGUUAACAGGUACCUUGACGUCAAAUUAUUCCUAACCCUCUCCAGCCUCCUUCUUAAACUUGCUUACGCUCUUCCUUAACCGGCUCCAUAUCCGCUUGCUUCUUCGUAAAGACAGUUUCAAGUUUGCCAUAUAGUUGGCUGGGCGGUGAGAUGGCUUUGAAAGAGUACACACGUCUACCAGUUUUCCUUGAAAGUCUGGAUUUUUAUACCUACUUUUAGUCAUUAAUGGAGAAAAGUUACAAGCAGUGACUAGUCACACAAAAAUGGACAAUUAUAGUCUAUUUCGCGUCCAGACGAACUUGAGUCCUCGAUUACUAGUUCCCAUGCUUUACAAUUUGAGCUCGACACGCACCCCAGACGUCUGAGAUCGACUAGGCUGCAAAAACCUUACUUGACCACGGACCUACUCCCCCCCUGUCCCCCCGCUCGCAAGCAGCAGCGAUAUAAAUGUUCACAAGUUGCUGCACUCAAGCAGUCUCCGAUGAUGAACUCAAGUUCGAGUUCGAAAGCUCAGGCAAAUAAAUCUACUGUCCCAGUGAUCUUGCCUUCGUCUUCCUUUAAACAAGAACCUGGGAUGCGCAUAUUCUCUUCCAUUCAUGAGAUCGACAAAAUUCAAGGUCCUGUGAGAGAGACUGGCAUUCACUCAUCCGGUGAACACCCCCCCCCCCCGUUUGUCUGAGAUUAACCCAUCAUUGGCCAAUGACGUCAAAGAAACCAAAAUUGCCCAUCUUAUUGGCUCUUGUCUACAUCGGCGACCUCUUGACAACUAUUCGCUUGACGCCAUGCCGCCGUCUGUGUAUGCGGUAGGCAAGGGUUUCAAUGACAGGGGGCAAUAGUCACUCUCCUGUCGGACGAAUAUCAGUAGCAUUUGAAUUUAAACGCUCAGUUCUCAAGAGACACGAUGUGGGGGAGGUAAUUUGACCGUAAAAAUAUACUUGAUGAUGGCCUAAUUCGGAUUCCAAAUUUCCAGAGCUCAGUCUGUGGCUGUAGUUGCACUGGCUAUGGACGUCAAAAUGGUCGUUUUAACGUCCUUUGCUAUUUUUUCACAAAGAAAAUUACGCGCUUAAAGAGAGUCCGGUGGGUGGCCUUUGUGAUGACAAAAAAGAUAAUCUACGCGCACUUAUGAAGUCGGUGAGAGUUAUUCUAAGAAAUGUAUUUGACAAGAAAACAUGCACAAGUCACUGCAUGAAUUUCAACAAACCCGCCUUUUCUGUAUUGGCUCUGCCAGUUUGGUUGCCUUGUCGGCUUUCGAAAACUCCAGCACAUAGAAUAUCGUCGUUGUGUUCACUCAACAGCUGAAGUUAGUUCCUUUUUCGGCAGUACGAUCUCCACUCUGCGCAAACUUCUUGUGCGGGUCAAUACUUUCGUCAGCAUAAUUUGGCGUUGGAAGAUAAUUUAUUCUGAGUGCGGUGGAAACAGGUAUGUACGCGGUAUUACAUUGUCUGGUUGUAUGGAAGAUGAACAAUUUCUGGAAUAGUAGGUGCAUUAGUCUGAGCUUUCGGUCUCUUACAGGGAGGCCAUCGUCAGAGACUGUGAGAAUGCGGCAUCAAAUGAGCGGUUUUUGUAGUCAAGCCAUGAAUGGGGGAGGGGAUAUGAGUGCAGAGGUUGGUAUUCGCGAUAGGACUGAGUGCCAGGCCGUCUCACGACGGCGUGACUGCGUGACUGCGUACACCCUUGGCAGGUAAACUGGGUCUCGCCUCUGGGCCGGGGGGAACCAGGCACGUGAUAACAGGUGAGUAUGUCAACGUGUCUGUUGAUAGAGUUGGUGUCAGACACCCAAGCCUGCAACAGUUCUUGCCCUGUCUUAUUGCUGGCCCGCGCUACCAUCCGCGUGCUCGCGAAGUUGAAUUCGCGGCUUUCCUCCAGGGUGUGAGUGACGACUUGAGACACCGGGCCGCCCCUCCGGAUCGCCUCUCCGGACCGCUCGUUCAUGCUCCGUUAUUCGAGAGCUAAAUUGUCGUCCGGUCUGUCCUGGUUAGUGGCGAGGGCAGUCCCGACAUGGGAUCUGAUAAAAGACACCCGAUUGUUCUCGCAGGUCUAGUCGGUCCUUCACUCGCACGAUUUUGUUGCGCACAGUCACUGUCGGACGGUGAGCGAUACCCACGCCGAACUCUCUAGCGAUACGUUCCAUCGCAUCAGACACGUUCUUUAUGUAUGGUGUAGGGUGCCAUAGUAUUGGCGGCUUUCCUCCGUUUGUUCGUUGUGGGUGCCGUUGGUUGUGUAUCCGUGCCUUGCCAGUUGGUCCCGAAAAUGCCGUAGUUCUCGUACUCGUCCCUCCGGUUCACCGCAGUGAGUUUGUACCCUUUGGAUGAGUACCCUAACACAGCUGCGUUUAUGCGCUAUUGGGUGGCUACUAUGGUAUUUGAGAAUCUGAGUCGUGUUAGCCGCCUUUCUGUACACCGUGGUGCUGAGUUCGCCGUUGGGUGCACGUAUGACGAGAACGUCAAGGAAAGACCAGCUGUUCGGCUUUCUCUUCUUCCCUGGUGAACUGAAUGUCCGGGAAGAUGUCGUUAAGCAGGUCUUGAAAGUCGGCCAGUCUGCUCCUCUUGAUUAGAACGAACGUGUCGUCCACGUACCGGCACCAAAAUGCAGGUUCAUAGUGGUUAAAGGCGACUUUUUCAAGCUCUUGCAGGACUAGUUCUGCAACCAGGCUGGAUAUUAGCGAACCCAUCGGUGUUCCUUUGAUCUGCUAGUAUGUUCUGCCAUUGAGAGAGAAAAAGGUUUGUUGGCAGAAAGUUGCAGUAAGUGGUCGAUUUUUAGGGGUCUGUUCGUUUCGUCGUAGUUCUCUUCGAGUCGUUUGCGAAGAAUGUCGCGUGCCCGGUCCGGUGUUAUGGAUGUGAAUAAUGAAACCACGUCAAAGGACACCAUAAUCCGACCAGGUCGGACAACUUCUCCAUGGAUGACGGCCAGGAAUUGGGAGGCCGAAUUGAUGAAGGUCCUCGAGCCUUCUUAGGGAAAGUUAAGUUUUCGGGCCAUCCAAUUGGAUAGAUUGUAAGUGGUGCUGCCCUUCAAGGCAGGGGAACGGUCGAAGGGGAACAUUGGGCUUGUGGAUUUUGGGUAAUCCAUAAAACCGGGCCACUGCCGUGUCCGUUGGUUUCGUCUAGCGAUAUCGCACUGUUGCGUUUGAGUCGGUUCAGGAAUCCGGCUAUUUGGCCAAUCAUCGAUGUGGCACGCGAGGAGGGCGUGGAUUUGUAGGACUGUUGGUCGUCGAGGAGAGCUUGUGCCUUUUCGUUGUAAUUGACGCGGUUCAUCAUGACGGUUACUCAUUGUUUGUCGGCUGGAAGCACUAUUAUAUCUUUGUCCUUUUUUAAUUCCUUCAUUGCUUCUAUUUCUGCGGUCGACCUAUUAUUGGUGGGCCUGUUCGUCAGCAGUAGGGAGGUGAUUUUCUGGCGUACGGUGUGCUUAGGCUCGUCGGUUGCGUCUAGUAGCUAAACUCGGGCAUGUAUCAGUAAGACUCCUCCCCUUUAACGUCGGUAUUUGCGGUUGUUUUGCCGUUCGGGUCGUCGUGUAGGUUGUAAAAUGGAUGUCCAUUCAGACCUACAGUUCGAUUCAGAUAAAACCGGGCUUAAGUAGACCGACGUGUGGUCGAUAUUCCGAUUCAAUUGUGUUGCAUCCCGAAAGCCGACCUCCAAAGUGACCUGUGAAUCUCUGAUGGGUUCUGCGUCGGUUCGCGUAGAAACCCGGGUUUUUCGAUCCACGCUUACUGCCACUAAGUAGUUUGAUGCAGUCCAAGCAACCAGAAUGGAUUUUCAGAAUGUACCAGCAAAUCAAAGGGCCGCUAUGUUCCGUAAUGCAAGGAUGUACCAAACAGUCAAUGGCCUCAUUUGAUAAUACAGUAAUGUGGCUUAGGUCAAGAUGAGUGCUACCGAUUCCUUAGAUAGUUUUUGGCUUCUUGAGUAGUUCUGGGCAAAUGAACCUAUUUUUUCGCCAUUUUUGUCAUCUACUAAGAGCAGGAAUAUGGAAACCAUGUGUUUAUAUACUAAUACUUGUUCAUUUUCCUAGAAGAGAAGAAGAAACCCAUUGUAAAACCUACAACUGCCUUCUUUACUCAUACAUCUUAUUUCCAUUCCCCAAACUUUAGGCUAGACUGAAGAAGAUGUGUCGAAUGGGCAUCCCUGCUGAGAUGAGAACCCAAGUCUGGACGAAACUCAUUCAGCUGGGGCUGAGCAAGGAGUCAGUGGACAUGGGGUCACGUUAUUACCAGACACUGGUGGAGAAAGUGAAUGACAUGCAGGUUAGUUCCAUAUGAGCUGGGAGCACAAAAUAUGGGGAGGUGCGAUGAGUAAUAAUCAGAUGUGGAAUAGACUGAGAAGACAGAAUGAUGUUCCGGAAAAAUAUAAAGAUAAAUAUGCUGACGGGUUAUAGCCGGAAACGAGGUGUAAGGGUGAGUCUUCAUCUUAAAAUAGAGGCGGCGGGAGAAACGGGAAGUUGCAUUUUCCAACGUACCGUAUAACUGUGUACUUCACAUGCUGAUUAUCCUCACUUAUGUGGUGCCUUCUCCGUGUGGCCCUUACGGUACUCUAAAGCAUGCAAAGUCGGUGUAGCCCACCCCUUUGCGUAAAAACCGGGCGUGUUGUGCAGGGGGUCAGGUCGCGUGUAGUCCGCGCAGAAGAGCUCUUGGAUCCUGUCAGCCAUUGCAUCCGAUUUCACUUCCAGUCUUCGUGACUCUGUCUUGACACCUAGCUAACAAUGAGUGAACGAUCUCAUGAAAUACUGGCUGAAAUUCUGAAAUUCGUUUUCGAUUAGGAAAGAGUACUUGGUCGCGGUUGUAAUAAUGAUUAUCUUGCGGCAUAAUCUUAUAACAUUUCGGACUCGGCAGGAUGUCAGUUUUAAAAUAAACUGCUUUUCAGUCUCCAGUAGAAACCGCACUCGGUAAAAAAUGACUACUUAAUUAGCGGGCAUUUUUUCCGCUGAUUUUCGAUGGUCUUGCGAAUUCAAAUAUAUCUUAUAGCAACCAUAAAUAAAAUAGGCUUUCUUUCAGGCAAUUUAUAGAGAAUCCCGUCUUCUUCAUAUUUUAUAUUGAAGGAAGGAGUAUAAUUAGGUUUCAAAAAGGUUUUCUAAUUCCCAAAUAAUUUGGAGCCUAAUCAGUCUCUGCACUAGCGCUUAGUGAUUUCAGUCUACAAGGUGCAUGCGUCCCCCGUAAAAAAUCACCUAUUCUCCUAUGCCUUUAAAAAGAUGCCAUAUGCAGUCCAUAAAAUUUUGCAAUGGAUGCGGACUAUGUCAUGCGUUUCACGAGAAGCCGUGGUAAACGGACAGAUACGAUUUUAUGUCAACAAACAUUGGCGGUCUUGAAAAAUCUCACAGUUAUAAACUUUUUAAAACCUAAGUAUACUACUUCUAGAAGUAGAGAAUAUAAUGUUUACGUUAUUUUCUAUCAAACGACUGAAAGAAAACCUACUUUUGUUUAUUAUUUCUAUAAGAAAAAAAUGCACGCUACUUAAGUAGUCAUUUUGUGCUGAGUAAGGUUUCUACGGGAGAUCGAAAAGCAGUCUAUUCAAAGGCUGACAUCCUGCCGAGUUCGAAAUUUUAUAGGAUUAUGCCGCAAGAUAAUCAGUCUUACGAAUGCGCCUAAUUAAUCCUUCCUAGUUGAAAACGAAUCUCAGAAUUUCGGCCAACAUUUCGUGAGAUCGGUCACGCACUGUAUGCUGUCUGAAUUCGCCUGUUUCUUUUAGUCGGCUGGACCUGUCGCAACAACUAAAGCCAUGGACGAAUCCUUACAACUAUGACCUUCAGCUUCAUUCCCGAGGAGAAAGAAGGGAUUUCGGACGCCAGAUAUGAGGGUAUUUUAUGCUGCAUAGAUUGGGCGGAGACGAGGUCGGAAGUUGGACAAGAGGCGCAUGUCUGGCACCGUAGGAGCAGGCAUCCAAGAACUUUGAAGGUGGAAAUGUCCUCGUCAGCCCUCAACACUGAUUAACUGGUUGAGGUAGCCGUGAAAGGCUGGAAACCUGACAGCGCUGUCCGGCUUCAGGGGGUGACCAGACGAGGUGAUAGCAGCAUACAGGGCCGCGUAGCGUUAGAUGAACAAAUGUCGUCAAUGCGUCAAAAGACGUAGUGUCGUAACAUAACUCCAGAUGAGGGUCACUGUAGCCUCGGCGCCUCACAAUGUUGUGUGCUUAGAUCUACCUGCAAGCUGAACGUUGAGUCAUUUAGUAAAGUGGAUAAUUGGCGUGGGAUACGACAAAGUCACGUGUGUUGAACCCUGACAAACUCACACAGACAGAGUGGUUGAGGCCUGAUUCGCCAAGCAGCACGACUGAAUACACACGGUGGCGCACAAAGUGAUCCCAUCUGCCACUGAUUUUUAACUCAAUGUCAAAUGGCACCCGUCGCGCUAGCCUACGGGGUACGCUUCGCUGAGCCGCCGUGUGGCGUGUUGCGUCCGCCCUCUGGACCAACACGCUCCCGUUCUUUGGACAAAUGUAUGCUUAGCUGAUGAUGCACCGAGAACGCUUCCUUCCGCCCACUUCAACCCCGCUGACGCCUUACCAUUCAUCCAUCGUCAGCGCGCAUUUCUGCUGUCCCUUCCAAAACUACUAGUUACCACCUUCAGCCCAUACUACUAAUAGUAGUAUCCGUCAGAAGCUCAGACCGUCAUGCAAUUUAUUCGCCAUCACAAGUGCCGUAAUUAUCUUUCGCUCUCCCGUCCUCGAGCAGAAAUAAAAUAGAGCUCAAAGACAAAAAUUGGUAAAUGUCACGGAGAAUAACUGUUUGCCUGUAAACUUGCUUUUACAUUGCCUAGCGAGUCAAACAAAUCAAGAUCUUUAGGCGAGAUCGCGUGCUUCGGAUUUAUUUGAAAUAUGAAAUUCCGAAUUGCGAGCAAUCGGAAAUGGGCAGUUAAGAUUGCACAGAAUGCAGUUUAAAGGGAACUCUUAUGGCAACCGCGAAACCGAGCAAAGUUUGCGCGUACUAAUCCGCGAUGCAAAAACAGUGGACGAGUACCCAGGCGUCGACCAUGCGUCUUCCCCUUGGCUUCCCGCUGGAUUUACACCACACGUGUCGCUGACUCAAACUCUUUACUAGUUCAACAAACAAGAUUACUUAUCGUCCGCGCUCUGGUCACCAGAGUGUAGAACUGGAUGUGAUAUGGCGUGCACUCUCCAACUAAUUUUGGAUGAUCACUAUCAAGGCUGAACGUUCACUACUACCCAGUAAACUGGUCGUUCUAAAAGGUGCGCUAGUGAAGCGCAUUUUAAAGGAAGGCUUUUGUUGAGGGAUUACGUGCAGUUAGUAGCGAGCGCCAAAUGAAGUGUGCGCUUAAUGGUCGUCAUAGUUUCAUAGCGGCCAACUAGCGUGUAAGGGACAUUCGGUAUGUUAGAGGACCUAUCAGCAAACCUCUUGAAAACGAAUGAUUGGCCACGAUGGCCAAGAAUUCGGUCAGUAUGUACUACUAGAAAUGGUCAUAAAACGGAAACCGGUCGUGCCCCCAAAAAGAGGCUACGUUAGCUCCCCUGGAAUACACUGCCAUACCCCCAUAGAGACUUUGGUAGGACAUGAGGAUAGGAACCCUUGAGGCGACUCGCUCCUCCUUGCUCUCCGCCGCUUCGUCACACCGCCCUUCUGUCCGCUCCACACUCCUUGUCGAUACUCUGCUGGGAGGCGUGAGGCUUGUCACUUGCCUCGCCAGUGCUCGAGGCCAAUCAACGCUACCCCUUCUCUGAUUGGUUGGAGGCCACUGAAACAGGGUGAAAGGCGCACACACGCGCUGUGGGGCAAAGAACCUCGACGGUGGGCACAGACAACACAGGUAGCCUUGGACCAAAUUCCAGAGAAAUUUUGAUUAGAGUUAGGGAUAGAGUGAUUGUUUAAGGUUAGGUCCAAGUUCGUGGUUAAGGUCUGGAUUAGUGUUAGGACACGGAAUAAGUGCAUUUCGUGAAAUUUAGGACCGUGUUUAUAAUGCGAGUCCCAUUCUUAAAUAACCCAUCGCUUGUUUUUCCGUAGGUCAACUAUGCUCAUCGCAGGCAGAUUACCCUCGAUGUUCUGCGGACCUUUCCUGAUCAUGUGGCCUUUAAUAGGCCCGAGGCAACUGGGGUAAUUUUUUCAUUUGAUUUAUUCACGUCCCUCGUUACUCUUCUCUUCUUCGGCAUUUCUCUUGAGACUUCCAUACUUUGUUUUCUGCGAUGCAGACGUUGGCUUCUGUUGGCCAUCGGAACUUGGCCAGACAUAAUGGGAAAGUGUAGUAAUUUUAGUCAAAAAUGCGCGGAUCUCACUCACAAUUCCGCAGAUGAAUACCAAUAAACAAAAAAGACUUUUGACACUCCAAAUUUUAUCUCACAAAUGGGAUCAGUUCCGUAAAUGAAUUAGCAUGAAAUAACCCUACAUUUCAUGACUGAUCUUAUGAAGUGUUAACCGAAGAUCUAAAGUGUGUUCUCAACCAGUGACAACUACUUAAGUGAGGUUACAAUAAUAACAAACAUGUUACAUACCCUCACAAUAUUUCAAGCACACUAGGAUUUCGACUUUUGAAGGCACUCCGUUUUGGUUUCGUAUAAGAACGACGCUCGAUAUAAAAUGUCCGCUAAAGUAGUAAUUAUUUCUUUCUUUGUGAUUUUUCAGAUACAUUUAAAAAACCAUGCAUAGUAGUAUUUUGUGUUGUAUUCACUUGGCAAAAAGUUUUAUACCAAACAGGGCAUAUUAUCCGGUCUUAAAAAGCUCCUUUAUAUAAGAUUUUUUUAAAACCGCGCAAUCUCCAUUCAAAUACCAUCGUACCUGUCCGUCUAUUAGUGCUUCUCAAGAAGCAUACAGCAUAGUCCACAUCCAUCGCCAAAGUUCAUAAGUCCUAUAUUGUAUCUUCAUCAUGACCUAGAGGAAUGCAUGAUUUUUAUACGCAGAAAAUAUUUAGCUUAUAGGGUUUAAGCCCAAACACCAGGACAGCUUUAGAUAAGACAAAAAAUGUUCGGAACAUUGAGCUAUUUUAAAAUCUAAAUACACACUUUCUGCAAGUACAAACGCUAAGGGAGAAGCAGUGGUUGUUUGCCAAAGUAGUUGAAGGAAUUGUACUUUGUGCAUGUUCUCUAUAAGAUAUAUGAAUUUAUAAAAACAUCGAAAAUAAACUUAAACAUUGCGCACCAGUUAGGUUUUCAUUUUCUACCAAGCACGGUUCUUGUAUACAGUUGGAAGAGAGAGCACUUGAAAGCCAACAUUCUGACAUGUCUGAGAUAUAAUCGCAUUUUACUGUUCGAUACCCCAUAGUAUAUGCCCCCUUAGGUACUCCUUUUUUAGUCGAAAACACAUUUGGGAAUUUCGGUUAAAAUUUUGUGAGAUCGGUCAUUGAUUGGGCAUUGUUUAAAUGACAAAUGGCUGAAUGUUGCUGUCUUCUCGGCUUGGAAUUAAGCUGUCAGCAAAGACCUGCUAUUUUUCUGUCCCUUAAACCACUUGUUAAGCAGGGCGCCGUACACUUGAGAAUUGGGUUUUGAGUUUCCAAAAGGUUAGUGGCAAAUUAUCACCGGUGAAAUACCUGGCAGGACAGUGGUAUAAAAAACGAGGCGCAGUUGUCGAUGUCCCCACUCUGUGAUACUGACAAAUUCAUGAAGUAGUCUUCUAAUCGAUGUUUACUGAAAACAAGAUGAUGGACGAUAGAUCAUUAAGACUGGCAGAUUGAGUGUUGGAAUGAUGUUACAGAGGUCUGGAGGUGGUUGUGCUCGACGUUGUAUAAUAGUUGGCUUCCUGAUAGAGGAAGGGUCAGUGAAUGUUGUAGUGGCCAAUCAAAACGAGGCCGACUUUCAUGUCCGAACGCAUCUGGUCGGCGUAUAGCCUACAGUGCGUGACUGAAAUUCUGAAAUGCGUUUUCGAUUAGGAAGGACUACUUGGUCGCGGUUGUAAUACUGAUUAUCAUAAGGCAUAUUCUUAUAACAUUUUGGACUCGGCAGGAUGUUGGCUUUAAAAGGCAUUCCUUUUCAAUCUCCUGUAGAAAGCGUGCUCGGUUAAACAUGACUACUUAAUUAGCAUGUAUUUUUCCCAUUGAUUUUCGAUGUUUUUGAAAAUUCGAAUAUAUCUUAUAGAAACCAUAAACAAAAGUAUGCUUUCCUUUAGUUAUUCAAUAGAAAAUCACGUCAUCGUUAUAUUUUAUACUUAAGGAAGGUGUAAAAUUAGGUUUUAAAAAAGUUUUACAAUUGCCGAAAAAUGUGGAGCAUGAACAUCCGUUGCAGUAGCGCUUAAUGAUUACACUCUACAAGGUGCAUGCGUUCCGCGUAAAGAAAAUUCCAUAUUUUUCUAUGUCAUUAAAGAUAUAUUAUACAGGGUCCAUACAAUGUUGCAAUGGAUGCGGACCAUGUUGUACAUUUCAUGAGGAGCAGUCGUAAACGGCCAGGUACGAUGCCAUGUGAAUGGACAUAUCGCGGUCUUAAAAAGUCUCAUAAUUAGGAACUUUUUUAAAACCUAAUUAUACUCCUUCCUUAAGUAUAAAAUAUAAAAAGACGUGAUUCUUUAUUGAUUGACCAAAAGAAAGCACAUUUUUGUUUGUGGUUUCCAUAAAAUAUAUUUAAAUUUUCAAAAACAUCAAAAAUCAAUUGGAAAAUGCAUGCUACAUAAGUAGUCAUUUUUACCGAGCACGUUUUUUCCUGGAGAUUGUAAAGAAAAUGCCUUUUAAAGCCGACAUCCUGCCGACUCCAAAAUAUUUUAAGAAUAUGCCUUCAGAUAAUCAGUAUCACAACCGCGACCAAGUAAUUCUUCCUAAUCGAAAACGCAUUUCAGAAUUUCAGUCAACAUUUCAUGAGAUAGGUCACGCGCUGUAUGCACCGCUGACGCUCAUGGAUUUACCCCAUGAGAUGUAAUAGUUAACUCUUUUCCCUAUUUCCCUCAUGAUAUGCAGCCGCAAGCCUGUCAGAGAUUACACUGACUUCAGAGAGUGCAUCAUCCCUUUACAACCAUGAUCCGGCCCUUAUGUAGGAAGAUAAAAGCGCGUUUUGAGUCAAUCAUGUGAUUAACGCCUUGUCUGUUGGUCUCCGACUGUGAUGCUUUAGGCAGUAUAUCAGGGAGAUCUUGGAAUAAACGGUGGAGUAGUUUCUAGUCAUCCCUUCUCCGGUAUCUGUCGUAGAGACAUGCAAAUUCGUGGGGAAAGGGGGGAGGGGGCUUGACAGGAUCGAAAUUGAACCACUCACCCACCCCCAAUGCGAUUCAUGCCCACGGCUUUUUGCUAUUUAACUGCAUUUGUCAGACGCCCGCAUUCGGCUAUCGACUUUAUAAAUGAUCCACCAUAUUGCCUUUCGUGUGCGAGAGUGGUUCAUUCGACGUUUAGAUAAUGAAAAUGUGCCUACUCUACUUAUUUGCUUUGCUAUACUGUGCGCCAUAAAACCACAGAAAACUAAAUCGUGGCAACUGUAUACGGUAACACAAUGACAAUUCAGACUUAUUUUUGUGGUAGAAAACUCAUUCAUAAUGACUUAAGUUUAUACGGGUAAGCAGCAUUUUUGUGAUCCGUGAGACUGUCAUAACAAAUUCUUUCACGUUCAUCCUGCGUUUUCAAUGAUGCAACUUUUUUAUUUUGUCCUUCUGCAGAGCAAAUCACGAAGCGUUGAAAAUUCACUUUUUUCCUCAUCUGAAGUUUACCGUCAGAGAUUUUAGGGUUUGUUUUGAUGACCCAGAAAAAGUGAUUCUUAAGAUAUCCUUCUCCGAUUGGUGUGUCGAUGUCCGCACGCAUGCUUUUUAUUUAAAUUAAGGUACAACAAAUGCAGGAAGUGCUUCAAGCCUUCGCUCUUCAUAACCCCGAGGUCGGAUAUUGCCAAGGCAUGAAUUUCAUCGUUGGCAAUGCCUCCCUUUUCCUCGACAAGGAGACUACAUUCUGGUAAGACCGAUCUUGACUUUUGGCCAAAACAUUCAAUGCCAAGAAUAUUGGUUGCUAUGCUGGUGUCACGCGGAAAUCUCUAAAUCUUAAAUUAUGGGAAGAUGUGUUUAUGUAAACCCCACCUGAGGGACACAAUGCUGUUGGGGUUAGGGUUAGGAGUUAGGGUUAGGGCUAGGAGGUAGAGUUAGGGGUUAGUGUAACUUUUUCUCAACCACUCAAAGUGCGACCGCGCAUUCCCAACAGUUUUUCUUUUGCAUACAGCACUUGACCUCGUCGCCUGUGCGUUCCCUGGCCCCACCUCUAAAAUCUCCUGUUACCAUCGGUCCCGUAUCACAUGUGGCUGGGAUUUGUUUACUUCAGGUGGGGCUACAUAACCACAUCUGACCUAAAUUAUAAAUUUAGAACAAAAGAGAUGAAGAAGCAAUUUUCAUCGAAUGCUAGCGCACAAGCGGUUGUCAGCAAGUGCUGACGGGAGUCACUGAUCAGUAGCGACCCCAGGCGCAUGAAGACCAGUCAGUAUGGUCGAGCAGUCUGCGAGCGGCGUCAGUGUAGUCCUUUGACAGCUGUGGAUGAAAAACGCGCUGACUCUCUGCUCGCAAGAACAGCGCCGUGGGUGUGCUCAGGUCUUUCUUGUGUCGGAGCCUGCUGUUCAUAUGGAAUGCUCGUAGGGCAUUUCACCCCUCAAGCCGAUUUGAAAAUACCCCCCCCCUCACCCGCGUUUUGUUUGGAGCAGGGUGGAUAAACGUUAAUGAGCGUCAGCCGCACAAUCUCUCCCUUUCUCUACAUACACUCACCGGUUUCCGGCGGUUAGAGGGAGUAAGGUGUUGAGCUAAGACUACUAGAACUAGUAGAUUGGUUAUGGUGGUAGCGGGUGCUGUCAUUCCUUGUCUAAGAUGGUCAAUUCAGUGGAGGUGAAUUGGUUUCCAAAUCAGCCCCAGCAACAACUCCCGUAGGUGAACCUAUGAGAGAUAACAUAAAAGGAGCCGUUGAUAGCAGAAUUACGACACCAAAACGUAAGCAGCGCUGGGAUUCUUCUUGUAUCCACCUUCUAGUACUACUUCAAACGUGUACUUUCUAUUUGACCGAUGUAGACUACAACGCAAUGAACGAACCUGUGUGAAAAGCAACACCACGGAUAUGUUUGACUGAACUAUCUCUUUUCCCCCAGGCUGCUGGUCUUAUUCGUCGAACACCACUUCUUGCCGAAUUACUUCAACGCUGGUCUCAUAGCCGCACAAGCCGACCAGAACGUCAUGCGUGAACUCAUCCAGCACUUCAGUCCAGACCUUUCCCGGCACUUGCAGGAUCUGGAGAUCGACAUGUCUACCCUGACACUUAACUGGUUUAUGGCCGUCUUCGUUAGUGCCGUGCCUAUCGAGGUGAGUCAUGCCUGA